AUGAAAUUUUCUGGGUUGAUUUCAUCAACUUCUAGAAUUUGGGCCAAAAAUAGCACGCGACCUGUAAUAAGAAGUUUCCCAGUGCGAGUUUUAAACAGACUGGUUUGUAGUACCAUGGAUCCGGGCAAUUCAACAGAAAGUGGCGCCGUCGUGGAGAAGACAGCCAGUCAGCUCAAAAAGGAAGCCCAGAGACUGGCAAAAUUAGAAAAAUUUAAUAAAAAGAAAGAGAAAGAAGCCGCUCUUGCUGAAAACCAGAAUCAAGUAAGUGGUUAAAUUGAUUUUUGGAUGAUAUUCUUGCAAGUGAAACUCUCGGAUCACGGAGUGAAUUGCUUGGCUUUUUCGUGACUUUAAUGAAUACUUUUAGUAUGAUCAGCGGAACAUGGAAAAGACUCACGUGUUUGUAUUCGAAAAUCGCAACGAGCUGCUUUGACAGCUAUAUAUUUGUAAGUUACGCGAGGUUUGCAGCGAAAGUCUAACUAAGAACAGGACAUCGACAAACUUGAAAUGUAUUUUCUUGUAAACAGCUUCCACAUUGCUUUCACAACAUUGCAUCACCUCCUACUAUUUCCUGGAGGGUGGGGUGGGGCGAGAGGAUUUUUAUAAUAGUAUCUGUUAUAGAAACAAACAGUGUUGUUAAAAUAUAAUAAUAAUAGUGAUAAUGAGUUUGGUAAACAACAGAGUUUUUUUUCUCUGAUUAUCUUUUUUCCUCAAAUUAAUAUAGAAAAAGAACAAUAAAAAGAAGAAAGAAUCAACAAAGAAGGUUUUUGUUUAUGACAAACCAACAGCACCAGGAGAAAAGAAAGGUAACUGUACUCUAACUCAAUUGUAGGGGCAGUGCAAGCAAGAUUAAAUAUCAUAAAUGAUCUAAUAGAUGCCCUCUGUCUCAGAUUAACUCUUUUGCUAUUCCAGAUGUACUUCCUCCUUAUUUCGACAUGAAUAUGUUCUCUAAUUGACAGGAAAAUUCUCAAAACCUUUAGUUUACAAUGGGCAAUUCCAGAAAAUAUCCAUACCCAACCACGGACGGCUUCCAUGUUUUAAACCCCCUUGCCUUCGGAAAUUCCAAAAUGCGCUACCCCCCCAUGCCCUCAGAAUUCCAUAGUCGUGAACCCCCCCUCCCCUUCAGAAUUUCCGGUUUUUUUUUGAAGUACAUUUUCGACUUAGCAACGCCUAUAAGAACAAACGAACAUGAAUUUAUGCCUCCUCAAGGCUGUGAUCUAGCGGCGCCAGGUGACAAGCUUUACUCUUCAGUGACAAGAAAAACCUACGCUUAGUUGCAAGGCCGUGCAAACUCCUUUUUAAGUCCAAUUUGGCUAUAAAAAUAAACACCACUUAAGGUAAUUUUACUCCUCUUUGUUUUCUUGUGCUGUUUUGACGUUUACAAAGGAAAAUAGCUCAAACAGACUGUUAAAAUCUUUUGGCCGUCAAAUAUACCGUCGAAGUCGUGUUGCGUCCUUUUUAUACGUCAUGUAGUGCGCUAAAAAGCGUUCUAAUCUGACAGGCGUUCCUUGGAAGUGAGGGACUGGUGCGAGUUUUUUUACUGUUUAUCGGACGGUUUCGGACGGGAGUAACAAGAAAUUUGCAAGCGGUAUUAAAAGAUACAUUUUCAGUUUUUAUUCACGUGACAAGAAAUUCAUCAAGGUAAAUGUGAAACCAACGUUUUACUGUUCACUUCUAUAAGUUAUGAGCGUAAACACGUGUCUGAUCUAUCGAUGCUUGUCUUCUGCUUCCGCGGUCAUACGUUCGUGGUUUAUUUACGAACUACAAAAGUCCACAACAAUAGCGUUUUCCAGGAACUUACUCUACACUAAUUAUUCUACUCCAGAAAUCCCACCUGUGGAAUUCCCCCAUACCUUCGGAUUUCAAAUCGUAAAUACCCCCCCAUGCCUUCAGAAUUCCAUAAUCGUGAAUCCCCCCUCCCCUUCGGAAAUCCUGAAAGCCGUCCGUGGUAUGGUAUGGAUAUUUUCUGGAAUCGCCCAAUAACAGAAACCCUAAUAAAAAUGGUUUUGGUAGUGCUUAAUGGACUGUGUGGUAAAGAAAAACCUAGGAAUUAUGGCUUAUAUCUGUGAUCUUGUGACUAUGCUGUCGUUCAAUUUUAUUGUUGGUUUAAAUGUUCCUUUUUUUAUUCCAAACCCAUUAUCAUACAUUCUCAUACCCCAAAACAAAGGAAAGUAAAAUGUAAACGAAGGAUAAAAUUGAACCACAACAUCUAUGCUCUUUGGAGAGAUGCUUUGCUGUAACAGGCAGUACAUAAUACAGUAGUACAGUCAACUCCCUUUAUAGAGGACACUGCAGGGACCUUGAGUUAGUGUCCUCAUUAGAGAGAGUCCAUAAUAGCAGAAGCUUAUUUCAGUCAAAGAUCUGUAAUUUAUUUUUACCAAAGAUUUAACUGCUGUCCAUAUUAUGGGGGUGUCCAUCUUAGCGGGGUAUCUACAAGACAAGUGUUGACUGUAUAGGACAAACAGUAUCUCAGGGGGAGGUGCUGAGGUAUAAUGAUCGACAGGGAAGGUGAAGAUAGGGCCAUAUUUUUCUCAUGUUAUAGACUUAAAAUAGAUCACCAAAAAACUGUCUAAUACCUGUAACCCACAAAUGUUGUCAUUUUUCUCUGCAUAAAAAUCAACUUCUUCCUGAAAUUAGCCAAGUAGUUUUUUUACCUGGGAAAGUCCUUGACUCCAAACUUUGAAACGUCCAAAGGGACUUUGCACCUUUCUGUCACAAUUUCCCCUGUCAAUUUUUUCACCAGAAUACCCACCCUUCCACCCCCCUCCCCCUUAAGAGACAUUGCAUGAUAAUCUUAUUUUUCUUUGUUUGGCAGAUGUCAGUGGAGCAAUGCCAGAUAGCUAUAGUCCCACAUAUGUGGAAGCUGCAUGGUAUGCCUGGUGGGAAAAAGAGGUUAGUUAGCAGAGGAUACUAAACUGUGUCUUAUACACAAUGGACAGAAAAUUCUGUCAGUGUCAUUAUCUACAAGAUUACUUUUAAAUUAUAACAAGUCAAACCCCUGAUUAUUGACUGUUAUCAGGGCUGUUGCUAUGCACAAGGGGCCAGGGUUUCUACGAACAGGACUCUUGGCUACUUUCUCAGGAAGCAAAAGAAGGAAUAGAACUAAAAGAAUUUCCUAGAUGUUCAAUUCCCUGCCUUCUAUUUGCAUAUACCCAGAAACUUGAAAUCUUAGUGACAGCCCUGACUGAUACAGACAAGUCCAAGUCACGGAUGUUUUCAUUUUCUUUACUAAUGAGGACACUAUUUUCAAUUCGAUUGGCUGAAGUACCGAUACAAAUCCACUGGUCCCAACAAAGUCUCUAUAAAUGGAGGUUGACUGGGGUCUAUAUCCCAACUCAUUUAUUUUCUAGGCAACAAAUGGGUGUUAUUUCCCGGCCACAGAAUUGCAAAACCAGGUAGUCCAUAACUUCCUGCACCUAGGCCACACCCAACAAUUUUCUGAAGCAAAAUGUACCUAGUGUAAAUCCAGGCAGUUCAAGUUGCCAGCUGAUGUUGAGUCAUUGCUCAUCAGACUUAUCUAAUAGGUUCACUAGCAGGUCUUCAACAUGCCCACUCAUAUGACACUUGUAUCAAAUUAUUUAUCCAGUUCAUGUUUUUUACUUUCUUUCUUGGCUCACUUUUCAGGGAUAUUUCAAGCCAGAGUAUGGGGUAAGAUAUUUCAGAUGUUCACAACGCCACUGUGUGCUUGUAGUAGAUAUUUCAUUUAUUUUAUAAAUUCCCUGACAUGCAUUUUAUUGAAUCAUCCUUAAAAGCGGAAGAGUCUUCAAGAUCCUAACCCUCGUGGUUUGUUCAUGAUGUGCAUUCCACCACCUAAUGUGACUGGAUCACUUCAUCUUGGCCAUGCACUGACAAAUGCUGUAGAGGAUUGUAUAACAAGAUGGUGAGAUAACAUUGUUGAUUAAGUUAUCUAAGUAAUUUUAAAGUUUGUUACUGCGGUGCAUGCUUGUGUGUACUUACCAAACUUAGGAAAUUUUCAGGGUUUAUUCUAGAAAUUAGCCAAUGACCACUAUUCUCUAAUUUUAGAGGGCCAUUUUUAAAGAAAGGGGGUCCCCAAAAGGUACUGUAUUUGAACUUAUUGGUAAAAUAUUGGUGAAAUAAUGGCUCAAACGAAGAACAGAAAGGCAAUUGAGACAGUAAGAGGCAAUACAACUUCAAAGUAACUUUAUAGUGCGGCAGUCAAAUAAGUGUAAUUGUCAGUGAUGUUUUUGAACAAAGUAAACUCUCUUGUAAGCGACCACCCUUGGUACUCGACAAAGUGGUUGCUUUCGAGAGGUGGGCGUCUAUUGGAAAAAUCAAGAAAAAAAACUCAAACUGAACUGAUUAACGUAAUUACAUAAAGUUAAACUCUUACAAGCAAAAUGAGGCAAACAGAGAACUGGUAAUAAUGUUUAACUCGAAUAGCGCUUAGAACUGAUGAAACUUUGUACAUAACAUGAUAAUGCAUGAACGUGACAAUCCACUUUUUUACCUACAGAUUGUAUUACAGACAUCGUUUUUGUAAGUCAACAGCUAUAAUCUGUCAGCUAACUUCGUAGUGGUCGGUUACGAGAGAGUUUUUGAAACAGUGUUUGACUGAGAAACAAAACGGAUAUUUGUAAAGUGGUCGCUUACGGGAGGUGGUCGCUUACGAGGAGCGGUCGCUAUGAGAGAGUUGACUGUACUAUAUUUCAAAAAAUAGUACUUACCGUAUUUAUUCGAUUAACCGCCCUGGGCGCUUAUUAAACUUUUGGACCUUGAGAGUGGUCGCUUAUUCGAGGCUGGGCGCUUAUUAAAUUUUCACCAUUUUCAGCAAGUGAAGAAUGUUUAUUUCGCAACAAAGCAAUAAAUGCUAAUAACAAAACGCGAAGAAGUAAUAAAGCAAGGUUUCUGUAAAAUACUCUGAAGAAAACUCCGUCCUCGGGGAAGUCCUUUAUUAGAGUUUAUUCACUCAAGUGGGUGGGGUCGGGGUGAGCGCUUAUUUGAGUUUGAUUGGGAGGAGGGGGUGGGCGCUUAUUCGAGGCUGGGCGCUUAUUAACUUUUUCUGCCUUUAGGAUGGGCGCUUAUUCGAGGUGGGCGCUAAUUCGAGGUUGGGCGCUUAUUGGAAUAAAUGCGGUAUCCUUGGGUCUAUUUUUUGGCGCCCCAUUUAACGCAGCAACUGUUAUGCGGCAUUUUUUUCCAAAUAGCGAAAAUCCCGCACUGCCACGCUCUAGAAUAAACGCUGAUUUUGGAUUCAUCACCCUCUUCAAUGAGAGAAUUACUAAAUUUUAAAACUCUGAAAUGACGUUUUGGAAAAUAGGUUACUACUUGUCCUGUCAAGUGCCUGACCGGGGCUUAGUAGGCGCUUCCUCCUUCGAAGUAACUUCCGGGUUUCCCUUUCGUUUCUCGAAGAGGAGAAAGUCUCUAGCUGAUAAAUCAAUGAAGUCGUCGGAGCGGUUUUCCGUGGGCCUCUUUUCGAGGGAUCGACCAGUUCAUCGCCCAAGGGCGGCAACUCAUUGUCCACUUGUAAAGGAAUGGGUUGAGAGAAUACCCGGAACAUUUCGGUUCUCCAUUGUGGGUAGAGAAAAUGUUGGUUGUUCAAGAACCGCAACUGUUGAUCGAUUAAGAGAAGAACGAGCUAAAAAGGAACUAGUAUUUCGAUACACAGCUCCAGAUGGAGAAACUGCAGCAAUUCCACGAAUCGUCGAGCCAUAUAAAUUUCUCCACGUGAAUCAAAAUGCAUCGAGAGCGGAAAUUAAAUCAGCUUUUCUAAGGGUUGCAAAUCACAGCCGAAGACAGGAUAGAGCCAUGGCGUCUCUCUCUUACAAUAUUCUCAUGUCGAAAAUUCCGCGUUACCGAAAAAUACGUGAUGAUCGCUUUGAAGUCACCCAGAGAACUGAUGUUAUUGUGCUUGCAGUCGUUGGUGCCACAGCCAGCCUGGUCUCCCAGAUAUCCAAAAAUUCGUCUCUGACUUCAACCACCGAUGAAUACAAACAUUCGCUUUUAUAUGUCACUGCUCGCUCUGGAUUCUAUGACACGACCGAGGCGCUUCUCGAGAUGGGGGUUCCUGUCAACGAGAAACAGGUUGAUGGUAGCACAGCUCUCCACGCCGCCUCUUUCUAUGGACAGCAGCCUGUCGUCGAACUUUUGCUUCGGCACGGAGCAGACCCAACAGUUACAAACAAAUGGCGCCACUCUCCAGCGGACGAGGCCAAUUCCAGGGAAAUUAAGCAAAUUAUUUUGUCUUACAAGGAAGACCGUAUCUCACAAAUCGUAUCAUUACUGGUUGGAAAAAGCCUUGCUUUUUGGGUCCGCUUGAUUAAAUACGACGGCACGGUUAUUGCAAAAGAGGUUUUACGCAAUAGAAAUGUAAUUGACCCACGAACGAGACAGGAAUUGGAUUCUAUAAUCUCCAACUGGAAGAGCGUUUGGCAUGGAACAAAAGCCGAACAUCUUGAAUCCAUCUUGAGGCAUGGUCUUAAACCCAGUGGCUCAAAGCUUCCUGGUGGUUUUACAAUCUCACCACCGUUAAAUCAUAUCAAGCUGGAUAAAAAAUGCUUUGGCAUCGAUAACUGGGCCAAUGCCGUGUUUGUCUCGCCUAGAAUAACUUACGCUUCCCACGGCGCCUACUCCGAGCGAAUUUCUUCGGUUAGCAAGAAGUGGUGUGUUUUAAUCAGGGCCUAUGUGAAGCCUGGUACGUAUACAAGGCAUCAGUCCACUGUUUCAUCAGGAGCUGAUCCAAUUCCUGGAGAGUCAGUAAUGCCAGAGUAUCGCAUUGAUGCUGACCCAGAGGAAGAAGAGAUCUUUUGCGUUAAAUCUGGGGUAGCCGGAACAGAAGGAGGAACAGAGUUUGAUCGGAAUCUGGUGGUGACGUCAGUAGUAUUCAUCUCUCUGGCCUUUUUGGAGAAAACACCAAACCUCACCUUUGAAUUGCUGAAAUCCUUGUUUAAAAACGAACAGGUUUCAUAAGUACAAGGACAAUUUUUAGGAGAUAUCAAAUCAUCAUAAAUGCACAAAACGUUCUUUUUACUAUUGUUGGCAUAACAUCGCGGAACAUUAGUUUCCCAAGUUUACUGUGUUGGAAGUUUCCAUGUGAUAACUAUAAAUGGUGCAAAUAUAGUUGAGUUAGUAAGUAUGGUUUGAUCAAUGUAGCUCGUAGAAAUUCUCGCUUGAUAAUUUGUCGAGAAGUAAUUGUUACGUUGUACUGUAGGCGAUUCUUUGCUGACGUCAUUGUUUACAUUUUUUCUCAUUAGCUUACGUCUUAACUCAUAGAAACCGUGGAUGUAUAUAUGAACUAAAUGCAAAAGUUUAAAGAGCUGAUUAAGUUGAGCAAUUUUUGCAAUUUUCAGCUCUUUGCAAGCAAUAUUGGAAGGAAAUAUUAGCCAUCAAAAACUGCGAAAUUGCUGGGUGACAAGAAAGUUAAUGAGCCAAAAAUAUAUUCUCUGUAAAAUUUCGAGUUUUUAGAAGAGAAUUUCUCCGAAACCAUAACUGAAACUGAAAGCGUCAUCAGCUAGUGAUAAGCAUAUGUCAUUGAGGCAAAAAGGGUAAACAAAGAUUCGCCUAUGGAAAAUAGAAAUGACGUUAUGAAGGCAGCAUCUUCCUUCCUCUUUCACACGUGCGUGAUUUUUCCGAGAAAACUCGCGGAAAUCAAUGGAGCUUAAUACUCUUAGGGUUAUACAGUGGAAACUCGAAAAAACGAAGGGCCAAGGGACUGGCAAAAUUUGUUCGCUAUACCGAGGUUUCGUUACAUCGAGGUUCUUUUCCACAUAUUUUACUGUUACUGGAGUGAAGAUACCCUGGGUGCCAGAGACUUUUCUUGCGCGGUUUCCAGUUUCUGUCAAGUCUUUAUGGUGACCCUAGCCUGCGUAGCAAGCGUUUCCUCGCGAGUUCGUCGAGAAAGUUGGGACGAGAGCAAAAAAAAGGAAUGACGGGGGAGGGGGAGGGGCCAGCUUUUUUUUUUGCUCCCGCUCUAACUUUCGCGCAAUAAUAACUCGAUUAGAAACGCUUGCUACGCAGGCUAUGGUGACCCGCGCGAAAGCCUCGCGGCUUCGGCCUUACGGCCAAAGAUGUGUCGGCCUUCGGCCAACACCGAAAAUUUCCGCCACACGCGAGAAAAACCUCUGGUACCCAGGGUAGGGUAAAGAAAAUCGUUCGUUAUACCGAGGACGUCACUGUAUAGAGGUUCGUUGAAUCGAGGUUCCACUGUAAUGAAACCAGCCAUUGCAACCAACUAGGGACAGCGUUCUUCCUAGUUUUCAGUGUAACCAGUAAGUCAGUCUUCUGUUGUUAUCUUGUUGACUUACACGUACCUCCUCGUUGUUCGAUCGCUUUUCUAUGAUCCAUAAGUCACGAGAAAAGACACAGCGAACAUUUUAUCGUAAGUAAUUAAUUAAGCCAGUCAGUCAGUAAGUAAGUAACUUUAUUCAGCCAGGAUAGCCCAUUCCACUUUCCGAUCUUCAUGAUGUUUUUGGGGUGAACCAGUGGCCCAUUCAGCUCGGACUCGACCUGUUGGUUUUGGCCCCCGCGCAUCAUAGUCACUCCUAUUGUGAGGACGACCGGCCACAGUGUUCCCUUGAUGAAAUGAAUUUUCUCUGCUUCAGUGGUUUCUUUAAUAACAUGGUUUCACGGGUGAGGGGUAUCAGCCCCCGGCCCAACCCCCAACCUGAAGGACCAGGGGGCCACAAAUUAGUCUGGUCUCUAUUAUUCGACCUGUUCUCUCAUGUGGUCACCCCACUUAUCAUGUAAACGUAAUCAAACUAAAUUGAGAGAUUAUAUAGGUAGGAGGGUUACCCCACCUAAGUGGGUUGGCUCACCUACCUUGGGUCCCCCACCUCAAUGUAAACACUGUCAGGCCCUAAAACAGGAGCUGCAAGCUAUUGUUUUAAUUAUGGUAAUAUCACCAAUUAAAUUCUGUGUUAAAAAGAAAAACAAAACAAAACUCGAACAUUGUAUUCAUUGUUAGUGGCACAAGAUUUAAAUGCUUUGUUACAUAAACAGAAAACUUACGCAUUUUGCGUCACGUAGACAAAGCGAAGUGAGCCGUUCAUCUCAUUGACCGAAAUGCAAGUCACGAAGUUUUUGUGUUACAUUUCGUCGUGCGUGACAUUUUUUGAUCUUAGAUGUAGGCGAUCACGUUUGGAGCACCUGAUCAUGUGACAUUUUGAACUGAGUACUUUUUCGAUUGAGAAUAGAUUUUUGAUGACAGUGCACCUCUGAGAGAACUGUAAUUUUUGUCGAAGACUAUUGUUCGGUUUUGAAGUCCGAAUGUUUUGGCAAGGGUAUCGGUUUUGAAGCCCGUUACUGUUGGAGUCCUAUUGGUUUCGAAUAAAAUCUAUCAUAAUACACGAACGUGGAAGGUCUGAGAAGAGGGCGCCUGGAUCCUAGGAUCAGCGACCGAGUAUCUACUUUCGCUUUCAAAAUCCGGCAACUUCCGUCUUCGCUGAAACUCUCUAGCUAGCUGUAGACCAGUGCUUGGAUAAAAAUGUCAUUUGUGGAACGAAAGGCAAGAGCUGAAAACGUUAUAAUACCACUUCGAUAUACAGUUCCAGGUGGACGGACUGGGACACUACCACGAAUCGUCAAUCCAUAUCACGUUUUUGAACUAAAUCAACAUGCAACGAUAGAGGAAAUUAAGCAAGCAUUCAAAAGAGCUGCAAAUCAAAGCCAAAGACAAGGUAGAGUCAUGGCGUCUUUGUCGUACCAUAUUCUCAUGUCUAAAGAUCAGUGAUACGGUAAGAUAAGUGAUGGCUACCAUAACAUUACAGGGAAAACUGAUGUUAUCACAGGCAGACCACCCUCUUUUAGUCGGGGCCGUUGUUGACGGUUAGAACCGCCGAGGUCAAAUAUUCAUCUCGCAAAAUAACGCUUAAAACAGCACAGGACGGCGAAAAAAACAUGACACAUGACUCAGUUAACAUUAAAUUUUCUUCAAACUUUAUUGAAAAUUUUUUUUUAAAUUCUGCAUUUUGGAACAAAUUAUAGCCACCGUAUUGUUCAUAUGUUUUUCGUCUAUAAAUAACAAACGAUCGUUGCUCAGAUUUCAAUCAACAACGGCCCCGACUAACAGAGGGUGGUCUGCCUGUGCCCAGAUAUCCAGAAAUUCUUCUCUGGUCUCAUCACAGGUACCACAGUACGGUUCCAGUAAAGUUUCAGUGUUUGUAUGGGUUAAAAAUACGAUCCUAAUAUUUCUAGGAAAUACUAAAUAAAGAUCAAUGAAACUUACUCUGCAGUUAGUUGUUGUUGUCCUUAUUGCUCUAACGAAGUUUCGUGAUAAUUUGCAGUAUCAUCUGCUUUACAAGUACAAUUUUUUUAGGAGAUAUCAAACAUGUUGAUGCGCAGUAAAGAUUAUCUGUUUCUAAAUGCACGAAACGAUCUAUUCACCUUUGAAGCUUUAAAAGUACAAUUUUUAGGACAGUUAGGAGAUAUCAAAUUGAUUUGUAGUAAAAAUCAUCUGAUUUUAAAUCUUUUCAAUGUUGUACGAAUAUAGAAAUUAUCUCGGUUGGUUGACAUAAAAUCGCAGAACAUUAGUUUCCCAAAUUUACUCUGUUGUUAGUUUCCAUGUGAUAACUGUAAGCAAAUACGGUUGAGUUAGUAAGUUUGGUUUGCUCAAUGUAGUUCGUAGAAAUUCUCUCUUGUGUAUUAGUCGAGAACUGAUUGUUACGUCGUAGUAUAGGGAAUAGAAAUGGCGUUGUGUAAGCGGGAUCUUCCUUCCUCUGUCACGCGUGCGUGAUUUUUCCGAGAAACUUCGCGGAAAGAAUAGAGCUUAAUACUCUUAGGGUUACUAAAUGACACCAGUCACUGCAACCAACUAGAAACAGCGUUCUUCCUAGUUUUCAGUAUAACCGGUACGUCAGUCUUCUUUUGAUGUUCUUUGUUUACAAGUAACUCCCCCUCUGUGGUUCUGUGAUCCAUAAGUCGCGAGGAAAGACACAAAGAACGUUUCAUCAACUUUAGGUCAAAUUGAUUAUAAGUAAUACUAUGAUCACUACAACUAAUAAUGAUGAUGAUGAUACUAAUAAUAUUUUCUUGACUAACGACUUUCCACACCACAGGAGCCACAGAUUUGGGUAUGUGCAGUGAAAUUCCCAUAUAACGAAAACCUAAACAUAAAGCAUUCUUCGCUCACGUUAUGGUCUAAUAUCUGGAAGGAGACCCGUACUCCGGGUUAAUGGAUGUUUUUUUCUGACCUUGGAAACUUCGGGGUUCCACGUGCUGUAGUCGCCUUGGAUCAUAGGCGUACGGGCCGGGGGCGAGGGGGCUGCAGCCCCCAAAUUUUGGCGACUCAGAUUUUUGGGCAGCAAGAGAAAAUUUGGGCAAAGCCAGUUUUUAAAGACGUUUCCAUGUUUUUUUUAUUAAUCUAAAGAGACAAAUAUUUUCUAUUUUAAUCUGAAAAAAUCCUGAAGUCAGCGUAAUAAUCCAGUUACAUUCUCUCGAGAUACUCACAGUGGUUGCCUAGCGCGUGAUGAGUUUCUGGUUAUAGGGAAGGGUAUCAUUUGUUGAUUUACAUAUUUAUAGUUUUUUAUUGGUGAGCACUGUACUGCACUGCACUGACUGGAAUGGGCUCUUUCCAGUUGUGAAUUGAUUAGAAUAAAUUUCCGCAUAUCUUUCUAGAAUCAUCUCAGCAACAGUGGGUCUGAAAAUGAAGAAGUGGCUGACUAGUAAUCCGCUCGAAUUACGAGAAGAAUAUUAAUUUUUUUAAAAAAUCUAUCAAGCAAUAAUUUAUUAAAGUAGACCGAAAUGUUUACAAAACCGCUAACAAGAGCCCCUCGAUACAUACUAAUGAAAUCCUUCUCUCUAGCAAUCGGCCGGAGCCAUAUCCAUGAUCAUAUCUUUUACACACGUUUUUAAAAAGAUUGAAGCUACUAUGAGGUGAAAUUGCAUGUCAAAAGAGCUUCGUUUUCUACAAAUAACAGCCAAACAUCAAGAUUUUUUUCCCCAUAUUUAUAAUGAUAAAACCUUCAUCCCAAAAUAUCCCAAUAACGCUCCUAUAGAUUCCGUUUUAACUUCACGAACAUCGAGGCGACUAUUGGAGAAAAAAGUUCCCCGUGAACAAUUUGGUAGGAAUAGUUCCCAGUGCCGAGAAAUAUUGCUGCAAGUAAAAUAGACAAUGGCGUCAUUUCGUUGCUAUGACAAUUCCGAUGUCAUUAAAACCCUGCUCAUGAUAAAUUUUCAUCUUUAUCUAAUAAAACUAUGGUAGCAGUUUUUCCAAAUGUUUGUCUAUGGCGACGUAGUUAUUCUCAAAAUUGGGAGGUAUUGACCUUUAUAUGCCAGUACGGCCUACGUUAUUGCAUCGUAUCGCCCUCGUUUCUUUUCUACUGUUUCGUAAAAAUUUGGGCAACUUGGGAGAAUUUUUUGGGCAAAUAGCUUAACGCCCCCCCUGGCAAAAAAUUGCCCGUACGCCUAUGCCUUGGAUACCGUGUUUACUUGAUUAAACGCCGUCCUCGAUUAAACACCGCACCCGAUCAGAAGAAUGCAGACAAAAGAAAACUCGAUGCAAUUGUGUUACCUACAACAUCUGAGACAACAACGAUUCUCUCUUAGCAAACAAAGCGAGGCAUUUUUUAAUUGGAACUUUAAUCUUAUUAUCUUUCUGCUUUACAUAAUGUUCAAAAAUGAUUUAUCGGAGUUGUUGUCAGAGAUUUAAGAAAUGUGAUUUUGAAAUAAAAGCGAAUAAAUACGGUACUCCACACGCUGUGGCAGAUCCAAAAGAAUUCGCCACUUGCACAUCACCCAUAAUUGCACGUUAUUUGCCCCCCCCGAAUUUUGCAUAACCUUUGUUUUUCGUUUCACCAGGAUAUUACAGCCGUCCUACAAUGCUUAUGCAAUUUUUUUUUUUGUGGGGGCAAACAAUGUGCAUUAUGAGAGAUGUGCAAGUGACGAAUGAUGCCAUUUCCCUGAGGACAGACGGUGCCUGGUUACUAGGCGGACACUUUCGCUUUUUACUUCCGAGAACUUCCGUUUACCGAUUCGUCUCUCGCAGUGGCGUAAUUCGAUGUGAGCAAGGAUGUCGUGGCUGCUAGAUUUUUUUUGGCGUCUAUUUUCGUCAGACGGGCGUGAGGAACGAGCUGAAAAGGAACUAGCAUUUCGAUACACUGCUCCAGAUAGAGAAACUGUAUCAAUUCCGCGAUUCAUCGAGCCAUAUACAUUUCUCAACGUGCGUCUAAAUGCAUCGAGGGCGGAAAUUAAAUCGGCUUUUCUAAGGGUUGCAAAUCACAGCAGUAGACAUUCUAGAGCCAUGGCAUCUCUGUCCUACCAUAUACUCAUGUCUAAAGAUCAGCGAUACCGAAAGAUAAAUAAUGCUUCCUAUGAAGUAAGCAGUGAAAAUGAUGUUAUUGUGCUCGCAGCCGUUGGUGACACAGCUAGCCUGAUCGAACAAAUAUCCAAAGAUCCUUCUUUGGUUACAUCCACUGACGAACACGAACAUUCGCUUUUGUAUCUCGCUGCUCGCGCUGGAUUCUAUGACACAACUGAGGCUCUUCUCGAGAACGGGGUUCCUGUAAAUGAGACACAGGUUGAUGGUAGCACCGCUCUCCACGCAGCGUCUUACUUUGAACAACUUCGUGUCGUCAAACUUUUGCUUCGAUACGGAGCAGACCCAGAAGUUAACAACAGAUGGGACAAAACUCCAGCGGACGAGGCUUCCUCGAAAAUUAAGCGAAUUAUUUUGUCAUACAAGGAAGACCCUAUCUCAAAAAUCCUAACGUCGCUGCUUCGAGAAGGCCUUGCCUGUAGGGUCCGUUUCAUUAAACACAAGGACACUGUUAUUGCAAAAGAAGUUUUGCGCCACAGAAAUGCAAUUGACGGGGAAACGAGGCAGCAAUUGGAAUCUAUAAUCUCCACCUGGAAGAACGUCUGGCAUGGAACAAGGGCCGAACAUCUAGAAUCCAUCAUGCGUCAUGGCCUUAAACCGAGUGGGUCGACGCUUCCGGAUGGUCGCUCAAUCUCUCCACCGUCAAAUCAUUUUAAGUUGGGUAAAAAGUACUUUGGCACCAGUGAUUGGGCCCGUGCCAUAUUUGUCUCGCCAAGAAUAACGUACGCUUCCCACAAAGCCUACUCUGAGCGAGUUUUUUCAGAUAAUAAGCAGUGGUGUAUAUUGAUAAGGGCCCGUGUCAAGCUUGACUCGUACACCAGGCAUAAAUCCACUGUUAAUACCGAAUUCCAUUUACUGGCUGGAGAGUCAGCAUUGCCAGAAUAUCGCGUUGCAAAUUCAGAAGCAGCGGGGAUGUUUUCGCAGGCUAAUUCAGAAGAGGAAGCAGAGAUCUUCGGCAUUUUAUCUGAGACGGAAACAGUGACAGAGAUAGAGCUUGGUCGUAAUGUGGUGGUGACGUCCGUAGUAUUCAUCUCUGAGGCCUUUUUGAAGGAGACAGACCGCACUUUUCAAGAGGUGAUGUCUUUAUUUGACAAGGAACAUUUUUCUUAAUCACAACGUCGAUUGUACAAAGCAAGAAGUUGUUGAGUAUGUGUUCCUUGUUUGCAUGUCAUUCAGCUAUGUCAUUUUGCAUGUCAUUAAACCGUAAUAUACCAGCUUUCUAAUUUCCUUUGUACUGAGACGAAAUUCUACAUGAAAUGGAUAGGUAUAUAUGUAAAUAUAGUUUGUUUUACCCAAGGUUGUUUUUACAAUGGCGGUAAAAAUUCUCGCCUUAUUCAUCGGUCAAGACUUUUUGUGGUAGUGCAGACAAUAGAAACGGUGAAAUGAUGGCGUGGUCGUUCUCUGUAUGUAUGUAAAUGUAUGUAAAUCUUUAUUUAAACACGGGAAAUGAUCAGUUAAGCUUAAGUAAAAAACUAAAACUAAUUACAACUGCUUUACAUGAUUACCGUGUGGGAAUCCGAUAUAUAAGCUACCUUCUUGAUUUUUCGCUUAAAAUGCUCAACGGAUGCAGCAUUUUUUAAGUUUUUGGGCAAGUUAUUCCAUAACAUGGCCCCGCUGUAAGAGAAGCUUCGUCUCAAAUAAUUGGUGCUUGGUUUGGACAGGGUCAGCCUUCCCUCAUAGUUUCUUAAGUUGUAAGCAGAGUGACGCUGAGAGAAAGACUUUGUAGAUAUUCCGGAGCGAGGUCAUUCAUGGUUUUAUACAUCAUUAAGGCUUUUUGUUUCUUUCGUCGAAGAGAUAGCCUCUCCCAGCUGAGGGUGGAGAGAAGGUGGUUUGAGCUCACAUCAAAGGGUGAUUUAGUAAUAACUCUGGCUGCACGAUUCUGUAAUUUUUGGAGCUUAUCACUCAAGUAACCACUCAAACAGUCCCAGACGGGGCUGCAGUAAUCAAAAUGAGGCAUAAUUAAGGCGUUAUAAAUUUGAAUUGCAGUUUCUUUGGAUAUAAACGUCCGCACACGUUUUUUUUUUUUUUCUUUUAUCACAACUUUAUGUGUAAUAAUCAAUACAAAAAGGCUGCCAUCAGGGAGGAACUGAAUCCUCAUGUAAGAUGACCCCCUAAAAAUAUCUACAAAGCUAUUAAGGAAAUAUAAGUCAGAUAAAGACUAUUAUAAUGUAAGAAGAAAUGUAAAAGAUAUCACUAAAAUAUAUCUAUUAAUAAUGGAGUUAUUAAAAUUAUCUAAUUAUCAAAUUAGAUAUACAAUCGCAACAAUUUUAUGUUCAUUACGUACUAGUUAAAAAGUGUUCUCUUAAACCCUUUUUAAAUUUUGACAAUGAAUCGGCACAUAUUAGAGAAUCUGGUAACGAUUUCCAUUUAUCUAUAUAUCUAUGCCAGAAAGAGAAUUUUAAAAUAUUAGUUCUUGAAAAAGGUUUCCAAAUCUUCCUACUAUUUCUUGAUCUAGUGCUAGCACGAGAGAAAGAUAAAUAAUUGUCAAGCUUAACUCUCGAGAAACCAUUAAUAAACUUAAAUAAUUGAAUUAUCGAUAGAUAUUCCCUACGGGACUUAAGUUCCAUCCAACCAAGGUAUUGCAGACGUUCGGUGUAAUCAAUAGGUCCACCAAGGAUCCAGCGUGAGACAUUUCUUUGGAUUCUUUCAAGUUUGUCUGACAGGUAGGCUUGAUGCGGAUUCCAAACGGGACAUGCGUAUUCGAUGAUAGGACGAACCAUUGUUUUGUAUCCAGUUAUUGCUUCAGAGCACCCGCCAAAUGUGCGUUUAAGUAGACCCAAGAUCCUGUUGGCUUUAGCAGCUAUUGCAAGGACAUGAUGUUUCCAAGAUAGAUCAGAUGAGAAUGUUACACCCAGAUGCUUGUGGGUAACUACUUGUUCCAGGGGUAAAGAGUUGAUGGAAUACGAACACUGCCCAUUAACCUUAGACCUUGUUAUUCUCAUGCACUUGCAUUUAGCUUCACACACCUUUAAAAGCCACUGCCUGCACCAGUUGGACAUACAGAGUAAACCAGCUUGGAUUGGAAUUGAGACUUCAUUGACGGGUGCUGAGUUAUGGAGCAAAGUAUCAUCUGCAAACAUAUCACUAGGACAAGGAAUACAUUCGGGGAUUUCAUUUACGUAGAGUAAAAAUAGGAGAGGCCCAAGAAUACUCCCUUGGGGAACCCCUGAAAGUACUGUAGCCCAGCAGGAGGUGGAACCGUCAAUAACGACCCGCUGGCGUCUAUUCGAAAGGAAGUCACACAGCCAAUUGAGAAUUUGUCCUUGUAUACGAUAUUGACUGACUCUAUGAAUAAGACGUUUGUGAGGUACCGAAUCAAAAGCCUUCGCAAACACAACGUCAGUUGUUUGUCCAUUGUCUAACGUUGAGGCCCAGGUAUGGAACAGAUGAAUCAGUUGAGAUGUGCAUGAUAAUCCCGUUCUAAAACCAUAUUGGUGGACACUUAGUAGAUUAUGCUGAUCAACGAAGACUGAAAUAUGCUUUGCGACAAGUUUCUACAGCACUUCAACCACAAGGCAUGUUAAGGAGAUUGGUCGGUAGUUAGUUACAGUCUCUUUUACUCCCUUCUUAAAUACUGGCGUGAUGUUAGCAGAUUUCCAUUCACUGGGUAGUUUGCCUAACUUUAGAGAGAUGUUGAAUAUCCUUGAUAAGGAUGGUGCAAUUGUCGAUGCUGAUUCUCUAAGCAUACGAGCUGUUAUUACAUCAGGUCCACAAGCUUUAUUGGUAUUUAAAUCCAACAGCAACUUCUCAACAUCUGCUUCAGGACAGCUAAAAUCUUGAAUGGUUUCACCGGUAUAUGAGUGGUAAACAUGAUCAUUAGUAGAAAAUUCUGGCUCAGAUGAAAAUACUGAGACAAAAAAAUUAUUAAAAAGUUCAGCCUUGUCACUUGCGGUCGAUGCACGUUCAUUUUGAAACUUAACAACUGGCGGGAUGGAUUUACUCUUGGUUUUCGUCUUAAUAAACGACCAGAAACGCUUGGGAUUUUUUGAAUCAAUGAGAUCAUGAACGUGACUCCAGUAGCUUUUGUUUAGGGCCGAUUUUGUUUCAUUCCUUAACUGCUUGUACUUAUUCCAAUCACUUGGCAAUUGAGUGGCCUUUGCUUUCCGCCAUAAACGCUUACGCUUUCGAAACAAUUUACGUAUUUCAGACGUGAUCCAUGGAACAUUUCUUCUUGGUUUGAUUUUUUUUGAACUGAUGUUAUUUUGAACUGCUUGCAUGAAUAAACCUUUCCAGCCGUUCCACAUAUCGUCAACAUUGUUCUCAUUUAGGGCGCCUAUAGCUGAAGAGACUUUCUUGCAAAUCUCUUCAACGUGUUUACCCCAAGAGAGUUGAGCAUCUAUGGUAAGACCCAAGGAUUUGGUGUGAUCGACUCUCUUGAUAAUUUGGUCAUCAAUUCUGAUUUCUACAUUGUCACAUUGGGCAGAUAGUCUUUGUCUUGAUCCAAUAAUCAUUAGCUCUGUUUUAGCAACAUUGAGACUGAGCUUGUUAGCUUUCAGCCAACAGCUAAGGUUAUUUAAUUCAGGGGUUAGAGCUAGCUUAAGCUCUACUAACGUCUUAGCAGAUAACGUAAGGUUGGUGUCAUCGGCAAACAUUCUUGGUACAGCGCCCCGCAGGGAGUUGGGAAGAUCAUUAAUGUAAAUUAAACAUAGGAAAGGACCCAAUAUGCUACCCUGCGGCACGCCGCAACUGAGGGUACGAGCAGAUGAUAGUUUGCCACUGACAUUACAUCUUUGGGUUUGGCCACUUAAGUACGACGAGAACCAUUUUAUGGCUGCCUGAUCGACACCCAAGUAUGACAUCUUACGCAAGAUGAUCUCCUGAUCAAUGGUAUCGAAUGCCUUAGUAAGGUCAAUAAAGACAACGCCAUUUAGAAGGCCAUUGUCGAUGUUUACUGACCAAGCAUUUGUUGCCUCAAGCAAAGCCGUGAGCGUACUAUGUAGAGAACGGAACCCUGAUUGGCAACCUAGUAGCAAUUUAUUAUCAUCUAGAUAAUGGAAAAGUUGAUUAUAAACAAUUCUUUCAAAAACUUUCGAAAUUGUAAGGAUUACAGAUAUUGACCUGUAGUUGUUAGGGUCCGAUUUAGUGCCCUUUUUAAAAAGUGGCCAUUUUCCAAUCGUUUGGAUAUAUCCCAGUGAGAAUAGACUUUGAGAAUAUUGAGGUAAGAGAGGGUGCGACGAUAUUAGCAGCCAUUUUCAACAAUUUACUCGGAAUCAUAUCAAGACCGGUGGCUUUCUUUUCAUCAAUUUUCGACAAAACGUUAGAAACAAUAUCAACACUCGGAAUUUGCAGAGAAAACGAAUGGUCAGUGGGCUCUAAAUAAGACUCAGGAUUAGCAUCGACAACAGGAAUAUCUUGUGCUAAUACUUGCGCAACGUUUGUAAAGUGAUCGUUAAUAGUUUCUGUCUGUCUGUUUCUGUCCAAGGUUUUUAUGUUUGAUAGUAUGGAAACUGGCGGGGUCAAAAAUUUUAGGCAGAUAAACAUGUUCAUGCCGCUUCAGUAGCGGUUUCAGUUUAACUUAAAUUUUGCUGUCAUCUAGUGCGUAAGUCCUCCUUUUCCCCGUUAUUACUUAGGAUAUGUACAGCCCGAGUCAAAAAAUAUGUUAAGCCUGUCUCCAAUUCAGAAGUUCGCAAAAUUACGUUAAGCCUGUCUCCAAUUCAGAAGUUCGCAAAAUUACCCUGUAUGUGGUUGUCAUGGAAAUAAGGAGCCGCGGUUGGACGGGGAAAGGGGAAACAGACUUUCUUUUUUCUUUCCCCAUUCGUCGGAUUUUGUCCAGAAAAUAUGAAUACAUUCAUCGUUUACGUUUUCAUCUAUAUCGGCUUUCGGGAUAGACGCAUACGAGUCUCUAACAUCGUUAGUCUGCGUAGUAUUUUCAUAGUUACAUUUCAUCUCAUUCGUCCGACCAGCUCGCCUUAUAGCUUUUUUCCACAAUUUAAGAAAUAUAUCUAAUAAAAAUUUGCAAGGUUGAGUCGCCUUGCCAAUCAUAGCUAAUAAGGGUCUUCACAGGAUUCCCAACCGCGCCCAUUAUAGCUUAACUUGAUUGGCGCUAUUUAAACCGAAGUUCGCGAGGGUUUGCGUUUUUUCUAGUGUAGCUUAAAAAAACCGAGCAGUUUUUUCACCAAAAAAACUCUUAACACUUUUAGGAACCGGCAGAUUGGGAAGACAGCGUUAUGGAACCCAGGAUGUGACCAUGCUGGAAUAGCAACACAGGUAAACAGGAUUUUACCACUCAGUGGCGGAUCCUAGGAGGGGCCCGCGGGGUCCGCCCCCCAUUUAUUUUUAAGACCAAACUGUGGCCCGAAGGGCCAAAAAAAUUUUUGUACAGUCCGCCCCUCCCCCCUUAUUUAAGGGUCUGGAUGACCGCCUUCUCUCCCCUCCUUUAUCUCAAGGUCUGGAUUCGGCACUACCACGCCAAAUUCAAGAGUUGGUUGAAAUAAGGCAAAUAUUGGUGUAGCUAAAGAUUAUUUGCUUAAUCGUACAACCCUCUUUGCUUUGAACUGAAUACUGUGCUUACUAAGUCUUAGCAAGCUGUAAUAGUUCUUUUUUUAUCUCCAGGUUGUUGUGGAGAAAAAGUUAAUGCGUGAACAAGGUUUAUCAAGACAUGAUUUGGGAAGAGAAAAGUUUGUUGAAGCAGUGUGGAAAUGGAAGAAUGAGUAAGGGAACUUACAGUAGACGGAGAUCUUAUCCAGACAGCUUAAUUCAUAGCUGGCUUAAGACCUUAGUGUUUUCCAGUCUUGAGCAACAAAUUUGUCAGUCAUGCUACCGUCGUAAUAACUGUAUUCAGAAUGCAUGAAUUGCUAAAUAAAUACGUUAAUACUAGGAAAUUAACUUAUGAAAAAGUAAAGAAAAUAUCAUUUUCCCUUAGGGACGGACUAUUUAAUUUUUGAGGGGGAAGGGGUUGGGCAAUUACGAAAAAAAAUUCUUGCACUAGAAAAAUAGGAGAAAACAAAUCUUACACACGCCAGAGAGGAAAAAAUUUUAUGCAAGUCCCGUCUACUCUUGGAAUUCUUGCAGAGGGUUAUGAAACGGAAAAAAUUCCUGCAAAUAUUAGUGCUAAAAAAAACCUCUUACUAAGAAGAAAUCGCCCAACUCCCUUAUCAAGAAUUAAAUGGUCCGUCCCUUAUUUCGACAGAAAGGGAGACAGAAUUUAUGAGCAGUUACGAAAGAUGGGAGUGUCAGUGGAUUGGGACCGAGCUUGCUUCACCAUGGAUCCCGUAAGUAAAAAUAACAGGCCACUUCUGGGUUGCCUCAAGCCUCGCUUUCAAAACGAGGAUAAGUACUAACUCUUUAAUGCGAUAAUAUCAUUUUCUUCAUUUCGCAUCAAGUAAAACCUCAUUGUCAUGUAAAAGGUAAACUGUAGAGUACCGUAAUAUUUUUUGCUUGCAGUGUUCAUUUCUAACUCUGGUUACAUUGUUCUGUUUGAUUCGUUGUAUUGAAUACAAUAUUGUGAUUGCCCAAAAAAUGUAUCUAACACUUUACCAUUUAGUUAAAGCCAGGAGAAGCUUAUGAGUCUUAGUGAUCCCUAAGUAUUUCUUUUUCUGAACUCUUUUAUUGCAGAAACUAAGCCGAGCAGUGAAGGAGGCAUUUGUUAGACUUCAUGAUGAAGGGCUGAUCUACAGAAGCAGAAGGUUGGUCAACUGGUCUUGCACUCUGAACUCUGCCAUCUCUGAUAUUGAGGUAAGUUUAGAUACUGUUCCUUGUACUGUUCUUUGCACCUUUCUGCAAUUAAAGGGUUAAUGUUGUGCGGAAUUAGGCCGCAAGUGACUCCUGAUUUAAUUUCAAAUUCUCCCCUCGAUUAACAAGAAUGUGUAAGGCAAAUAGCAAGGAGAAUCAAGCAGUGUAUCAACUCACUUGGGGAGUACGUCCAGGGACCCCUUCAAUUGUUGUCUUAUUUGAUGGAUAUGGGGAGAAGGGUCUACAGUCGAACAUGACAGGAUAAUAUUUUCCCGCUGUUUUAAUUAGGUUGACAAGAAGGAUUUACCUGGCAGGACAUUGUUACCUGUUCCAGGUUAUGAACACAAAGUGGAAUUUGGCGUCUUGGUGCACUUUGCCUACCCAGUGGAAGAUUCUGGUAAAGCAAUACUGUUAACUAACUUCGUCCACCGAGUUCGUCUUGUUAAUCUGACCUACGACUUAAGAUUUUAAGGGCAAAUAAUGUAUUAUUUUGUUGUCUAUUAUACACUAUGGGGUAGUGCUUUCAGUUAAAGAACUUGUUCUUCUAAUAAACUAUGGUGUCAAUGCAGUUAGCACCUAUGCUUUAAUUGAGGAUACUAGUUUAUGUCAGUCGCGUGAGACGAGACCGCUAUUUCUCCGUGGUUAUCCGAGCUACACGAAGGUUUAGGUAUUUAUCGGGCAACGGCAGUAUCUUCAUUUCUGUUACUAGUCAAGACUUUUUACAUAGCUCUCUACGUGCGGUCGAACUUGAAAUGAGCUCCACGUUGUGUAUGAGGAACUUUUUACGGGAUACAAACUAACGUAAACCAUAGGCCUUCUUUACUAUUGUAAAUUCUUGUGUUGGGAUUUUAAAUUUGCUUCUUUAACAAAGGAUUGUUGCCUCACCGUGGUGUAUUUGCAGAUGAAAAGUUGAUAGUUGCCACUACACGUGUGGAGACCAUGCUAGGUGAUACCGCAAUUGCCGUUCAUCCAAAUGAUGCUAGAUACAAAGUAAGCCAUCUUCUCCUUGCACAUUCAUUUGUUCCCUGGUUUAAACUGCAAAAGAGGUUUUGAAGUGAAUUCUCAUUCUUUCAAUCUUUUUGGCGAUUACUCCAACUCGCUAAAGUUGUCAGGUAUUCAGAAAAAGAAAGAAAAAUUCUUUGUCGUAUGUUUACGACCUCUAUAAAACUUUGCCUCCCAUAUCACGCCUUAGCCAAAGAAAUGUACCAAAAAGUGUGAUGCACGUGCAGAGCUCUUGUUUUGCUCAUCGAAUCUGUUUGUCGUUGCCGUCAAAGUCGCUGUCGCCGCAGUGGUCGUCGUGUUUGCUUAAGGUCCCUCCAAGCCCCCUCGACGGCGUUGUCAAAAAAACGUCGUCUAACAACAACAAAACAAUUAAUUGGGAAUUGCCUUACCUCGCAACUCAAGCGCGUCUCCCAAUUGGAUAAGAACGUGUCACGUGCCGUGUGCCAAAACGUCAAGACUAAUUAGUGUAGGGCCAACACUGCGACUUACAGCCAGGGCAAACAAAACUCACUCGCACAUGAUCAGGUUGUGUACUUUGAAACCGCGGGAAGUCUUAAGUGCUUGACGUCAGCAUUCAUAUUAUCUACACUGUUUUCUGUUUAUGGUGCACCGUACUGAUGUGGAGAAUUAUGUAACAGUCAAGACCAUUUUCACUGGCUGAUCAACUCCUUUAUUCUCCUCUUAUACUUAUGAGCUUUACCUUUGAUUUAGCAGUGAUGUCGUAGGAGAAAUGAGAUGCUAAUCAAGGGUUAAUAUAUUCUUUGGGACAACUGUGCAGAUUGUGAUUUCUCAGGAAUUUUUUUCUACGAGAAGACAGGAAAACACAAAUUAACCAUCGGGUCUCCACGUUUUGUUCAAAACCUUCGAAAUAUUGGAGCGUUUACGUUAGAGCCUUAACCGUGGUUAACUAUUGUCUUUUAGAUUUUUAUUCUUUUUCUUUUUUUUUUGUUCAUUAGUUGAGAAAUACUUUUUUCUUUUUUUAUUGUAGCAUCUUCAUGGCAAGUUUGCCCUUCAUCCCUUCUGUAACCGUAAAUUACCCAUCGUCUGUGAUGACAUUGUUGAUCCUGAGUUUGGAACAGGUAUGGAACAAGUUACAAGCUAAAAAAAUGAAUCAUUAAAAUUCGAGUUCCAAGUUCUUGCUCAUACCAACGUCUUUGCGAAUCGUCUCGUGUAACGUCACUUUUAAACGCUGUAAUGUGUCCCUCUUGUGACACUAUGCUUCAGAACUCGUGGAUAAUCCGACAGGAAAAUACAAGACACUCGUGGUUUUUGUUCUGUGGAGCAUAAAACUACCAUUCCCCGCUACGCCUCGUGAUUUGGGAAAUUCUCUUUACGCGCUCGUAAAAUUUGACGGAAAAAAGCACUUUAUUUGAGUGUCAAUGUAUUUAGAACGAAAGUACUAAUUAGGGACACUAGUUUUACGUUCCCUACCGGAGACGGGACCGCCAUUUUACUUGGUCGUCUGAGCCGCGCGAAGGUCUCGCUGCUUGCAGUGUAAAGGCAGUACCUUCCUUUUCUCAGUUAUUUUAAGACCCUGAGUUUUGGUCCGUCCCCGGGAAUCGAACCCGCGACCUCCCGCUCUGCAGCCAAGCGCUCUACCGACUGAGCUAAUCCUGCCGCGGUUGAAUUCUUUGUUCGUUUUAUUCAAGGUGCUGUCAAGAUAACUCCAGCUCAUGAUCACAAUGAUUACGGAGUUGGCCAGCGACACAACCUGUCAUUUGUGACUAUGAUUGAUGAUAAUGGAAACAUUAAAGAUGUUAAGGAUUUUUAUCCAGAGUUUCAACAUUUUGCUGUAAGUUUCCAGUUUGGUCCAUAGCAACCCUACUAUUGUUCCGCUAACAAGUUAUAGUUGAAUGACCAAGUGUAAGAUUUGAACCAUUCAUGUGAACGCUAAUUCUCUGUUGCUUUCGUGAGGCCAAAGCGGAAAAUACCAUAAUAUUCUUUAAAUUUCUGUUUUGUGGUACUUCAUGUAAACCCGACUUUUGCAAUAUAUUUUGUUCUCUGCACGAUUUGCACGUGCACCUCGUAAAUUUGCAUACGCUGCACGAGCAGUUCGUACAAAAAACAAAAAAUACUGCAAAAGUAAGGUUUACACGAAGCGCCUCCUAAAGGACAGUUGGCCAAUAGAUCCUUACUUUUAAUUUAAUUUUUUACUUUGGAAAACAACCGUCGAAAAGAAAAUGGAAAAAAAGAGUCCACUUUAGUCUGUCUUUGACAUAAGCCUUGGUUAGAGCAUAGAAGGCUAUUGUGUGCAAAGCCGCAAGAACCGUGUGUACCCCUAAUGUCGCUCUCAGAAGUUGUAAAGAGGUGAUCAGAGGUGUAAAUACGCAGUUAAUAGACAAGGAUUUGGACGAAUUACCAUCGAAAUAAGUCUCAAUACAGAACACAAGUGAAUGUACUUGAACAAAGAAAAUAGGAGUUUAUAGAAGGGCUGACAAUCUUAUUUGUGUAUUCUUUGUAGGGUUUAAAAAGAUUUGACGCGAGAAAAGUCGUACUUGAUGCUCUCACCGCGAAAGGCCUGUUCAUAAAGAAAGAAGACAACCAAAUGGUAGUGCCCAUCUGCAGGUACACUGUGUGAUCGGAUUCGCACCCUACCAGCAUGUCUGUUUCUAUUUGGGUAGUUUAAUUUUCCUGAGAAAGAUGAUUUUUCAGUCAGUGACACAGGUGUCUCGGAACAAAAAACUCCGAACACUCCAAUAGAAGUCAAACCUAUGACCUUCUGGUUACCACUGCAGAUACCUCAUCACUGAGCAACAAGAGAGUUGUGAGAGAUAAGAUCACUAAACUUGGUUCAUGUAGCAAACAUCCUGUGUACUGCUAAGGACUAGAAUGCCGAUAUGUGCUUAUGUGCAACGCUAGAGGUGAUGAUGGUGAAUUUUAAUUUUCUUCUAGUCGAUCUAAAGACAUUGUGGAGCCCCUUAUCAAGCCUCAGUGGUAUGUUGACUGUAAGGAAAUGGCAGACAUGGCAGUGAAGGUAAACUAGUAGAAACAUAAUGCUCCUUGCUACUCAAGGUUCAGAGGAUCCGUCAUUUCUGAAUCCCAACGUUCUUCAUUUGUUCGUUUGUUUACUUUAUCGUGUAUAUUCCUUUCAGCCCACUUAUACCCUUUUUUAUCCAUCAAGCCCGAACAACUGGACUGAAGUUUUUUACAUUCCACCUGCAGGCUGUUCGAAACGGGGAUCUGAAAAUCAUCCCAAGUAUGCAUGAGAAGAUCUGGUACAACUGGCUGGAAAACUGCAGGUUAGUGAUGUUUACUGACUACAACCCACUUUUCCCUCCUUGCAAUCAUGCAUUCUUUUCCCAAUCCUACUUGCUCUCUUUCGCUCUCUCUUUUUUUUACAAUGUAUUUUAUGUUAGUUUAUAUACCGUAAAAUGUAAGAUGCAUUUCAUCUUUAAAACAAGCGGCAAAUCUGAGCGAGCAAAUCACACGACCAAGCGGAAAAAAAUUAACUGGCACGGGUCCCCUGGGUGUUUUGUGUCCCACUAGGAGAAGGGUGGAUUUUGGGCCAAACACUCCCUCUUAGAACAAUUUUGGACAGCUUGUGUUCUAAUAUACGACGGCUUUUGGUAUUGUAGGUAUUUUAACGCAUUGUUUUUUUUUUAAUUAUUACCGUUUUUUGUUGUUUAGAGAUUGGUGCAUCUCCAGGCAGCUUUGGUGGGGUCAUCGGAUCCCAGCGUACUUUGUAACCGUGGACGAUCCUAGUGUUCCACCAGGGGAGGUGAGAAAGUGUCUUUUGUGAAAAUUCCUGGUUUUAAUUAACAGCACUAAGUCAGUGCUGUUUGAGAUGAUCAGGCAAGAACGCACAGUUUGCGAGUUUUGAUUAACACUGCAGACUCGAUAGACUCAAUAAAAAUUAGGGACUGUUCGCUGUCGUAGCAUAAAGUUGCCUCUCGCAGUUUCUUUUAAACCAGUUGACGGUUUUUAUACAUGUUUGACUACGCGACAAUAAAGACGAAGGUGAAAACUUUAUGGUUGUCUUUUUCAGGACACGGAUGGCAAAUACUGGAUCAGGUAGGAACCUGUUACUCUUAUGUAGCCACGAUGGUUUCCACUGUUUCUUAACGAUAUACAAAAAUGCACACGUGGAAAUGAUUUGUACUUUUUUUAUCGCAGUGGGAGAACAGAAGAAGAAGUUCUAAAGAAAGCAGCAGAAAGGUUCAAUGUGGCACCAGAGAAGAUCACUUUGAAGCAAGGUGAAUUAUGGAGCUAUACAGAAGUUAACGACUUUUUUGAAGCUUUUGCCGACUACAUAGAAAUUAUGGCCUUACUCGAAAUUUCGUCGGUUCCUGACCACGUGCUUGCGAGCUGUCACAGCAUGCGCAGUGAGGACCAGGGGUACUUACCAUUUAGAUGGAAAAUCAAAUAGUUCGCGCUAUUCUGUUUAUGUUUAUGCACAAGAUUUCCACCCGGGUGAUUCAUGUAAAUGGUACAUGUGAGCACCCCUGGUCGCGAUAUUUUGACGGGCGAAAAAAAGAGCAAUUUAUACCACUGGUGAUUUCAUAUGAUCGUUGGAGGUGUAGAAAUGUCAUCAAACGACGUAUUAUUAGACACCAUCUGAUGCAUGAUUUUUUAAAGUUAGCAUUGUUGUGUUACAGAUGAGGACGUACUAGACACGUGGUUCUCCUCUGGCUUGUUCCCGUUCUCCAUAUUUGGUUGGCCGGAAGAGGUAACGAUAGCCUCGGAAUGUUUUUUUUUUUUAAUUGUGGUUGUUGACCAUGUGAAAGUUGUUUUUAAUUUAUUGUCACCAGUACUUUGUAGAACUAGUAACUCUGACAAUCACAAUAGACACAGACAAAUAAAUAGACCAUUCACUAUUCGAAUUAAAUGAAUGUAGUCGAAGUAAAGCGCGGGAAAACACACGUCUACAAAUUUUCAGUCUUUUGUUGACAAAAACGCACUUCCUGAUAGUGCUAAAUUCGUGAAUAGCAUUCUGACGAGUCCAAUUUCUUUUCAGUUACCUUAGCAUUUUGUAAAGAGUUGAUUUUUGUCAGACUCUAAGCAACUGUUAAUCCAUAAGUUUUUUUUCCUUACAGACUGACGAUUACAAAGUCUUCUAUCCAGGUACACUGUUGGAGACUGGACACGACAUCCUGUUUUUCUGGAUCGCCCGGAUGGUAAAGCUGGGCCUCAAGCUCACUGGUCAGCUGCCAUUCACUGAAGUGUUCCUACACGCAAUGGUGCGAGAUGCGCAUGGCAGGAAAAUGAGCAAGUCUCUUGGCAACGUCAUCGAUCCCAUUGACGUCAUCAAGGGUGUAUCGCUUGAAGUAGGUCUUGGUUAUUUUAGAACCGGUGUUGUUUACUUUGGUUAAUUUUUAUAUCUAUUACUUUGGAUUCAGCUUACCUGUAAAAAUUAGUUAAACUCAAGGAAAAUUUUACUGAGAUUACUGGAAAAAGCAUUUUACUUGAGCGUCAAUGUAUUUAGCAUGAAAGUACCAACUGGGAACACUAUUUUUACGUCUCCCACGGAAAACGAGACCCUCAUUUUACGUGGUCAUCCGAGCCACGCGCAUGAAGGUCAAGCCGUUUGCAGCCGUUUGCAAGGUAGUAGCUUCAUUUCUCAGUCGUUUGAAGACCCUUGGUAUUGGUCCGACCCCGGGAAUUAAACCCGCGACCUCCCACUCUGCAGCCAAGCACUCUAGCGAUUUAGAUAAUCUGCCACGGUUUUUAAAAAGAGUUCCCUGUUUUUUAGAUCCAAUCUUUGUCCAGUGCAGUUCUUUUUUCUACAACAUAACUGAUCUUUCAUAACAAUUGUUGGCUUUUGUCUUCAGGGCCUUCACAGCCAGCUUGAAAACAGUAACUUGGAUCCAAGAGAGAUUGAACGCGCUAGAAAAGGGCAGGUUAGUGUAAAGAAGCUUCUAGCUGUUAAGUUCUUUCAUUUCAAACAUACUUUUUUCAUUAAGGACGAGUAAUUGACAAAACGUAACAAAAUGGACUGGAUUGCUGUGAUGCAGACCCUUUAAGGCAACAAAAACGAGGGGCUGUAGUCCUAAAGAGAACCUCAUUAGUUUAAAGACAAACGUUGUCGUGAUGUUGUUGUUUCGAAAUUUGAUAAUCGGUGCAUGGAAUUUUUUUAUUACAGAAAGAAGAUUACCCUGAAGGUAUCCCCGAGUGCGGUACUGAUGCGCUUCGGUUUGCACUCUGUGCUUACACGGCACAAGGUUAGUUGCUAAUAGUGAUCAGUGUCUUAUUUCUCUUUAUAGUAUCAAUAAUCAGUAAUCAAUUAAUUAAACAUAAAAGUAAGGAGAAUAAAAGAAAAGGUCACCAAAGAUAAUCUGCUAAAAAUGUGUUGAUCUUUUAACAAAAUAUCGUUGAUACCUUGUGAAAUGAGUGGUAACAAUGGAGAGAUCAUGUUGUUUUAGUCAAGGGUCGGGAGGUAUUUCUGCUGUUUUUGUGUUUGGCGGAGAAAUUAAUGCUGUGCCUCGUUUCCAACCAAUAAGAAACAACAUCAAGCAAUUGUGCCUUGCUGACAUGCGCUAUCCCUCCCUUUGCAUUGGCUAAACUCAUUCUCGACCCCAGAGCUCACGCUUUUGACUUCGCGCGCGAGAGCUCUGAGGUCAAGAAUGUCGCUACACUGCGUUGGCCUUGUUCUUGUUGGUAGAUAAGAUUGUUUGGUUUUGUGAGAUUUUGCGGAGUGGUUACGUUUGUUUCGUUUCCGCCGCAGAUAGACUAGACGACUCUAAAGUGAAUUGGCUGUAAAAAAAAAAUAAACAAACAAAAAAACAAAGAAAAGAAAAAAACAAUAUUUACAGAAACUGACUCAAAAAAAGUUGGUUCAAUCGUGGUUCAAUCAUUAGUUAUGGAUAAGGCUUGAAGCCAAAAACAUUCGCCAUUGAACUAUAAUCUACGGUCAUGUAUGAAGUUCUUACAAUACUGGGGAGCAAGGGUGGCGUAGUGCUUAGAGCUUCGUUGCUAAAUAAUUUACUUAAACAGAGCGGUAGCAAUAACACGAUGCACAACCUCUGAAGUCUUGUAACCAGUUUUUGUAAUUUAGCAAUUACGUACAAUUUUCUUGAUUAAAUCAUUGUUUUAUUGCUUUACUUAACAGGACGAGACAUCAAUUUGGACGUUCUUCGUGUACAAGGUUAUCGUCAUUUCUGCAACAAACUGUGGAACGCCACUAAGUUCGCGCUCGGUAGCCUGGGAACUGACUUCAAACCAAACGACAAACCAGAGGUAAAGUAUCCGCAAAUACUGGGAAAGAAACGUUUUAUUUGGCAUACAGUCUCAGAUACUUUUAGGCAUUUUAUUUUUUAGUAAUUCUUUUAAAAGUCGUAUGUCGGUCACUCAAUCAACGGUCAUUCUCCAGGAAGAAGAGAAGCAAAUUUUGGGCACAUUCCUUUUUAUUUAUUAAUCAGGCGGCGUGGCCGAGCGGUUAGAACGCUGGACUUUCAAUUCGAAGGCCCCAAAUUCAACUCCUGUCACCCUGACCGCUACCUAGAUUUGUUCACGGUAGUCUGGAGUUCAAAUCCUAUGCCACGCUUUUAAGUAGCGUGGUUCGUUAGGCCAGUUUGGAUUCUUAACCUUGUCAAUUUGAUUUGAAUUAUUUGUUUCAGGUGUUUUAUUUUAUGUGAAAGCUACUGUUCCGACAUCCUUUUCGAAAGAAUUUUUUUAAAAAAAAAAAACAUCCCUUUAAGUUGCUAUCAGUUUAGAAUUUAAUUGUAAGCGGACAUUUUGAAAUAAGAAUUCCAACGUCGAUACUGAUUUAGUAUUUGUUAGUGCGAAACGUAUUUUGCCUUGUGCAGCAAGAGGCUAAAAAUAAGUCUUCCAGUCGACAACUUUUGCUCAACCUUGCUUUGUUCUUUUUACAUAGCUGAUCGGCAAUGAGACUCUUGAAGACCGCUGGAUUUUGAGCCGGCUAUCUGAUGCAGAGAAAACAGCCAAUGAAGGCUUCAAGAAUUAUGAGUUCCCAUCAGCCACUACGGCCAUUUAUAACUUUUGGCUGUACGAGCUGUGUGAUGUUUAUUUGGUAAGAGAAAAAUUACUUUGUGUAAUACAUCACAACAUCCAAAUUGAAACGAAAGUUAAACCCAUUACGUCAUAAUUCAUACUAUAUCAAGUACUUAUAGCGCCUUGGCCUGCUAUGGCAUAUUGGCGGUGUGCAUAAUUAUUGCAUAAUUUAUGCAAUAAUUAUGCACGCUCACCACAAAAACGAAACGUGCUAUAUAAUCUCACUCCAUGGACGUCCAUUAAACUAGACGCUGACUAGAAACAACAGUAUCAAAAAAGCAAAACAAAACAAAACGAAACAGAAAACAACGCUUAAGACUGGAGAAAUUCUUUGAAAGGCAACCAUUUGCAGAUCCAAAAUUUUGUCAUAUUCCUCGAUAAAAGGUUUAUUCAAUAACACCUGUUGUUUAGAAAUAGCCUUUACCUGACAAAUGGUUUCACGUAGCCGCAGAGUCAGUUGUAGAUUUUAUCAUUUAUAAUUGCUUUCUCUUUUGACAUUUAUCCUGCAGAACUAUCUCCUUUUUCCAAGAUGUUAACUUAAAGAGUGUUGUUGUUUUUAUCUUGAAGGAGUACCUCAAGCCAGUUAUACAAAAUGGCAACCAAGAGGCAAUUUACACGGCGCGCAACACACUGUAUCCUUUCAGCAAUCUUAACUCGGUAGCCACGCCACUUGAAACCAUCGGGUUGCGUUGGUUACCUUUUUGCUAAAAUGUGCAAGCUAAUUUGUUUCUUUAUAUGUUAUCGACUCAAUCGUAUCAUUAGGUUUACUUCAUUGUGACAAGUCCAUGAUUUUCUUAACACUUGCAAGCUACACUUGUUUGGAGAAUGGGCUAAUUCUUCUCAGUCCUUUUAUGCCUUUCGUGACGGAGGAACUCUAUCAACGGUUACCGCGCAGGCGUGAUGAAUCACCCCCAAGCAUCUGUGUCACACCCUACCCGGAGGGGGUAAGUGAUAGUUUGAGGGAGGGGUGAAGGGGAGCAAAAGGUAGAAGGGAAAAGAUCGAGAAAAGUGGGCUUUCAAGAGAGAAAUACGUCCUUAUUUCAGUGAUGAGGAAUACGUUUAAUGAACAAUCUUAACUCUUUAAGUGUUAAGAGUGUCCAACAUCAACCAAAAUCAAUACAUCAUCUAGUAAAAAGGUCAUAAGAGUUUAUAAAAUGAUCACGAAAGGGAAAAUUGCUCUGAUUUUUUUUAAAUCAAAUUUUCUUAUCUAAUUCUUUAGGAAGAUGUAUAGAGAACAGUCUGGAGAAUUAGUAUGCGGAUUUUUGGGCUUAAAGUGUUGGAAGCGUUUUUGCCUCCUCUGUGCAUCGUGAAAUUGUGAUUAGAAACGUGGUCUUGAUUCUGUUUUGCUCCCUUUUUAGCUUCCUUGGAAAGACAGCGCUAUUGAAGAUGAAAUGAGCUUGGUACAGAGCAUUGUAAAAACAAUCCGCUCUAUUCGUCAGGAAUACAACUUGACAAAAGCCAAACCUGAAGGUAUUAUCUCAGUCGGUGUCGUUUACAUAUUGUGCGUUCCUUUGGAAAGAUCUGGGUCAGGUGAUCACCCGGAUCGUGAUGCAUCUUAAGGGCGAACCGGGCAAGCAUUCAUCGGUUCCUUGAUGCAUCAUGAUCCGAGUGAUCUCGGAUCACUGAUCCUGAUCCAGAUCAUCCUAAAGAAAUGCAUCCUUAGAGUAACAUGAACAGUUGCCGGUGGCAACAGCAACGAUAGCGUCAAGAAUUGGAAACAAUAGUUUCAGUGAGCAAAAAAAACAACUACUCUGAACGUGCCUUGCACUAUUUUGAACAUUUCUUUAUUGUCCUCUGUUACCAGUUGUAAUUUGGAGGAAAUGAACGCACGACGGAGAAAUUUGUCUCCGGAUAAAUUCUACAAUUUAAGCAAGCUAGAAUAACCGCCACGAAGUUUGACACAACGCGAAUUCAGAUUAUUACUUACCUUGAUCUCCUUCGUCGACUUGGUUUCUUCCCUAAGCUCUCUUGCUGUAAACAGCUUAAGUUCAGUCCGCGUUCUUUUUCUACAGUUUAUGUGGUGUUUUCUGAACAGUCUUUGGCAGAGGUCGUCACCAAAUAUGCAGACACUGCUUGUACGCUGAGCUACAGUGAAAGGUAACUGUCUUUCUAUCGAACAGUAUACAAGAACGAAACUGAUCCGAGAUAAUUUUCGCGCAGACUUCCGGGAUUGUUCUUGGGGACCCCCUAGUCAGCUAUUGGCUCAGUUUUUUUCCUGUCCCCGGUAGCUGUCCCAGAAGUCUUUGCGAAAGUUAACUCAGCCCAUUAUUUCUGGUUUCUAAUAUUGUGAAUGGAAGUAACUCCCCCUUGUCAAAUCUGUAUUCUACUGUUUGAUGAAAGCAAAUCCUAUUAAUUGUCAACCUUGACAGGAUCCAUGUUGUAUGUGAGGAGAAACCGCCACAAGGAUGCGCCGUGGCCACUGUCUCUGACAAGUGCGAAGUGCAUGUCCUUCUCAAGGUAACCUCAUAAAUUUCAGUAUUAUCUAUCAUACAGGUACAUUGGACUUACAGUCGAACCCCCACUAACGGCCACCUCGCUACAACGGCCUUUUUUUUGGCGGACAGUCCAUACAUUCGCUCUUGUUUCAACCUCUCUAUAUCAGCCACUUCUCUACAAUGGCCACCUUCUUCUGUCACCGAGGCGGCGUUGUUCAUUAAACUUGUGUGACUUUCGUUUUGGGUAAAUGUCAUUCCAGGCAGUUUUGUUUAACGGGGCUAAACGUAGAAGGAAGUUAAAAGCAUAAAAAGAUAUAAUCUAGCAAGCUGUGAUAGGUCUAAAAAAAACUAGUUCAAAGGUAGAAUGUUGACAAAAUGUUAACUGGUGGUAACAGAGAACCGCAGACCAAUGGAGCUGGAGUGAGAGUGAUGUGUUGUAUUUUUCAGGGACUUGUGGAUGUAGCUAAGGAAAUGACAAAGUUGGAAGGCAAGAAGGAAAAACUGAACGGCCAGCUUGCAAAACUGCGAGAAGCAAUGGAAAUACCCGACUACGAAACAAAGGUACCAGACAGGGUUCUUUCAGUUAAGCACUCAAUAGAGAAACGUAGUGAAAAUUAUAUAAAUCAAACCUAAUUGUCAUGAGUUGGAACACAUGAACGCGCGCGGAUGGUGUAAUAGGCCCUUUGUAGCCUGAGAAAACAGCCGACGUCACUGGUUUCCUCGCCAAAUGAAGUCUGUGAAACCAGUAAAGACGUCGCGAAACGUCGGCUGUUUUCUCAGGCUGGGCACUUUGCAGAAUUUGGUCACGUGCUUGGAUAACACUUAGCAACGGCUCGCUCAAUGGCAGGCCGUCCAAGUGUUCAUUUACAUCACAAAUCUUCGAGUUCACGACAACCUUGUCAUAAAACGCUGAAGUUUGCCUAUUUUUUAGGUCCCAGAAAAUGUUCAGCAACAGAACACCGAAAAGGUAUUUAUCAUUCUAUUUUAUAUUCCUAGUCAUUUUCUAAAUAAAAGGCCCUUUUUUGCAGCCAGUACACAGGGAGCAGAGGAGUUCAGUUUGAAUUAGAUAAUAAAGAAUCUCUUACCUCUUUGAUGGCUGUAAUCUGUUAAUUCUCCGUGUGUGAUCAUUCUGAAGCCGUUUAACCGUUAAACAAUUCCCUUCGAUCUUCCCUUUCGCUCAACGUUUCUUUCCGACCGCCAUUAUUUUGAAACAUAACAACCGCUGAAUGAAGCGCUCGUGGGCUUUUUCGUUUGCCUUCGGCGGAGCGUCUUCGGAAAGCGAAGCUUUCCGAGCGAGGCACGAAGUGCCGAGAGAAAGAAAGAGACAAGGGAUGAAACUCGUACCACGUGAUCUGUCGGAUGUGGACCGCAGCAACUGGUGACGGAAGUGAAUGAGACCGGAAAAGGAAGAGCAGCAGACCGUUACUAAUUCGAUGUUCAAAACAUCAGCUGUUGAGGAGGGAGAUUUAAAGAUGGAAAGUUGUAACUUGAAAAGACCUGCUCCUUUGCGCGAAAACCAGCCCGAGCCGAAGAAAGUGAAACUGACGAACAGGGAGAAACACGUCUUCGUAUCUAAAUGGUAAGAGAUUCCAGCAAAGAAAUAUCGUAUUUGAGUUCCUGAUGGAACGGUCAGGGUAAACUUAUUUUUACCUUUUCACUUGUAGGCUUUCAAUGAAUUAUCAGAUAGACGACCGAAACUUUACAUCAUUGCAAGGAAUACUCGAAGAUUAUUUGAAGAACUGCCCCGAAAAGGAAAAUUUUCAAUUACAAGUCAUCGAACUGGGAAGGAUUUUAAGAGAAGUUUUUCCAGAGGCGAAUAGAGUCCAGCGGAGGGUAAACGGUUGCCGAACGUGGCAGUAUCCACUUUCGAAAAAAUCAAAUUUGGAAAUAGACACAGUAAAGUGGGAAGACUUGCCCACUUUCACGAAAGAGUUUGGUUGGCUUUUGUCAAGUUCAAGCGACAAUUUCUUCGAGUGGGUAAAAGUCCAGUCACAAGAAAUAUGUGAAGGUAACAGAGUAUUGAAAGAACUGAAAAUCUUUAAUGACUGGACAUUUGCAGUACACGUCAACAGCCGAAAAGUGGCCAAAGAAACCGUGGGUAUCUUCGAACUUGGGGCAUCAAAAAAAUUAGUUUCCUACCUCUUCGAUGUCUUGAGCAAGUAUCGGCUAUGUAAAGGCUUCCCUGUUCCCUCAAAACGGACUGCCAAAGACACAACUGGGAUGACAGUUGGUACCACCGAAGAGUGGUGUAGCCGUGAUGGUGGGACCGUCGUCUUGCACCUCCGCUCCACCCAGUGUCAUGUUCUAUUGCCUGAGUACAAUCGAAGCCCGAAUCAACUGUGCGAACCAUGCACAAAGGUGAAAAGAAAUUGCUCUGUUACCUGUGUGGUGGAAGGGUCAAAGCCGGCAGCUAAAAAGCGGGAGAGUUACAUGUCUGAAGAGGAGUUGCGGGAAAAGCUACGUCAAGAGCAAAACAGGAGAAAGAACGCAGAAAGAAGGCUACACUAUUUAAGACGGAAGGUUGAGGACGAAAUGAAGGUUUUUGGAAAGGAAGAUCACGAGGAUUUCUCUCAUAUUUUUCAUAGUGUCGAAAAGGCAUCUUUAAGUGAGGACAUGAGAGUCUUCUGGGAGGUACAGGAAAAGGUAUUGUCCCAAAAGAGUCCAAUGGGAUACAGGUGGCACCCGAAGUGAGUAUUCUUGAUUUAAAAUAGACCUCCUAUGUACUUUACAGCUUUCUAGGUCCCAAUCAAUGCCAAUUACCUAAUUGUUUUAAAGUGUAAUGUUUUAGGACUUAAAAACAAUAGCUAAACUUUAAAAUUAUAGUGUUGUAAGAUGUUUAAUGGUUUGACCCUUGAUGUCCUAUUUGGAGGUGUUUAAAAAAAUAAUCUAUGGUACACAAUAUUCUAUAUUCACAAAUAUUCUAAAGCACACAAUGUGGUUGUUGUUGAUGUGGCAUGUUGAGCUGGACUCUUUUCUAUUCAGGAUUAUUCCUGGACAAUAGCAUAGAAUAGCUGCUGAUGUUCAGGUUCUCAUUUCUUCAAAUUUGCAGUUUUCAAAUGAUAUCCAUGCCCACCCCAUGGAGGAUCAUUGGAUACUCCAGGUGCAAGAGGGUUAUGAUAGUCAAUGAAAACAUGACUGUAACCUGGAAUUUGGAGAGGGAAAGGGGGGUUCGAACCAAAAACCCUCUGUAUGUGUGUGUGUGUGUGUGUGUGUGUGUGUGUUUGAGGGGGGGGAGUGUUUGAGGGGGGGGAGGGGGGCAUGGGGAAUUCUUCUGCAACAGCACAAUAAAUUUUUGGCCACCAAAUGUAUUCCUCUUUAACAGGGUUAUUCGGCUCUGCUUGUCUAUAUGGAACAGAAGCCCCGAGGCAUAUAAAGAAUUAAGAGCAAGUGGCAUGCUAACCUUACCAUCUGGGAGACUUUUGCAAAUGUACAAAAACUCCUGUGCUCAGAAUCCUGGACUGAAUGAAUCAGUAGGGCAGUGGAUGGCUCAAGAGGCUACAAAAAGAAAAUUGGGACCUGAGGGCAGAGAGGGGGGUAUCAUACUGGAUGAAAUGGCCAUUCAAGUAAGUUUCCCAGGAAAUAAAUUAACAAGUCAUCUUAAAGUGGGGUGGGAGGGGAUAGCAAUAUAGGACAUGGCAAAUUAUAAUGUAUUUCAUCCUUUGACUUGUCCUUCAUGACAAAGGAUUUUAGACCAAAUGAAAAAAAUGAAGACAAAACAACAUACAAAAUACUGAUAUAUUAUUAUUUUGGAAACCAUAAACAUUCUUUUAACAUCUAUCUGUCCUAUAAACUUGGCAUUCAUGUAACAUCAAAAUAAACUGCACAUUUCAUGUCAUAAAAAUUAACAGAAUUUUGCUGCUAUCAUAUAUAGGAAGACUUGCAAAUGAGGUCCAUUGAUGGAAAAUGGCAGCUGGUAGGCCUUGUGUCCCUAGGAGAGGAGCAUCAGCGAAUGCAGACAAUUAUUUCAGGUUAAAGACUUCACCUCAUUUCUCAUAUUAGAAAUUAUAAUAAAAAGGCCCUUCACAUCUCUAUAAGUAGAAAUAUAUUUUUCACUUAGAUAAAGUAUGAUUUUCAUAUUCGGCUGAAUUAGCUAUUUGGGACUGCACUGAAAACAGUGUUUAAUUGUUUACUCAUCAUUGCAUUUGUUUCAUUUUAUUCUUUCAGGAAAGGAAACUAUUGAUGUGGCAUCACAUGUAUUGCAGUUUGUGUUCUUGGGAAAUAAUGGCUUCCGAUUUCCUUUUGCACACUUCCCAACCAAAGAAGCUGAUCCUGCAUCUUUAUAUACCAAUUUUUGGAAAGCAGUUGGGUGGCUAAAGAGGUUUGGGUUUCAGACAAACUUCUGCUGUUGUGAUGGCGGUGAAGCUAACAGGAGCUUUAUAAAAAUGCAUUUUAAGGAAAAGGAUCCAGUAAAUGAAAGAUUUACAACAAUCAACCCUUACACCAGAAAGCCAAUGGUUUUUUUGUUGGAUCCAUCCGUAAGUAACACAGCUACAUAAAGCAUAGCACUUAAGACAUGGUCCAAUAAGACUUGAGUUCUUCAUUUUCAUUAAGUUCCUCAGCAAAAUCUAAGGUGAAGUCUGCAUUAUUGCAUCCUUAUGAUUUUUUUUUUUGGAAAACUGGAAUGAGCAACCUGCUACUUGAAGUUUAUUAGGGCAUACAUGUAGCUAUUAAAACGUCUCUCCUUUUUUUCAGCAUAACAUCAAAAAGCUAAGGAACAACCUUGAGAAGAGCCGGCAUGGGGGAGUCAGAGUUCUUCAGUUUGGAAACAAGACCAUCCAGUGGAGUCACUUAUAUAAAGCAUACAAAUGGGACCAAUCCAGCAAUACACUCAAGAUCCAUGAACGCUUGACUGAGGAUCAUUUUACCCUUGGCUAUGCAACUAGGAUGAGAAACCACUUGGCAGAAGAUGUUCUCUCCAAAAAAAUGCUAUAUCUCCUGCAGGUACGUGUAACUCCGAAACUAGCACUUAACAAACUGUUGCAGAUGAAAUUCUUAUGCCGUUAUUUUUCAGUCGUUUUAACACUGGCCCCAGUUGUUCAAAAGGUGGACAACGCUAUCCACCGGAUAAAUCACUAUCCAGCGAAUAAUGCAAUUGGGUUUUCUAUAAAUACUGGAUAGUGACUUAUCUAAAAGAUAGUGCUAUCCACCUUUUGAACAACUGGCAGCAGGUAUUUUAGUCUCUGCUGAUCUCCUUAUUUUAAUUUUAAUUUUCAAAAUGAUGCAUUUUGAAAUCAGAAGUGCAUUUUAAAAGGUGAUCCUCAAUAGCCCAGCCUUCAAGGCAUCAUUUAAAUGCAUGGAAAAGUGCCCUUUGUGACUCUUGACAUAGGGGUAAAUUUUCCCCUUGUUACAAAACAUUUGCAUUGAAGACUAAGGAGUAACUUAGGGCUCUUUUCCCAGUAACCACUUCUAUAAUAGCACAAAAAAUAAUUAUUAUUUAAGGUCAUGGUCAAGAAAUGAAAUGACUUGAUCUGCAACAGUCAACUUCACCUAACCUUAUGUAAGGAAAAGUUUCUGGAUAAGUAAUGAGAAUUUGUACAAAUAUUUUACGAAUAGGGGCUUGAAAGGUACAGGCACAAAAGUUCUUUCUUUUUUUGACCUGUUAGUUCUAUUGAUCUCAGACUAUGCUAUCUCAUGUUUGCAUCCAAAAAGGCAUACAAAAGACACCUCCAAGGACAGGGAAAAGAAGCUGAUUACCUGGAUGGAACAAUUGAGUUUGUGGAUAUGAUGAGUAGACUGGUGGAUACAUUUGCAGACAGAAGACCAAUAAGCAGUUUACAUGACCAUCGUAUGGUUUUGAAUGAACAGGUGCUAACCUACCUACAAAAGUGGGAACAGGAUGCAGAAGGUCACCAAGAACUGAGCAAGGCGGAGAGAGCAAAACGCCUUUUAUCCUACAAGCUUAGAUUUGAUAUUUCGUCAAUGAUAAUUGGGUUCCAAGAAGUAUGCAAAAUUGCCUUUUCACGAUUUCCUGGGUCUACAAUUUCACCAUCGCGCACAAACAGCAAUUUGGUCGAAAACAUUUUUUGCCAAGAAAGGGGCCACAAUGGGCAAAAUUCAAACCCAACAUAUGCCCAGUAUGGCCCAACUAUGAAUAGUAUCCUACUUGGUCAGACAACUACAACCAACUGCAGUAACACUGGCUCAGUUGAGAACCUAACAUUCUUUAAAAAUGGGAACCUCAAAUAAAUUUUCACUCCCAGAGUAAAUGAAGUGGUAUUAUCAGGUGUUUACAGUUUUUCAUUCUGUGGAUGAAAUCAUAUUGUGUUUCCAUUCAAAUGGCUUUUCUUUUUUUAAUAUUAAUUUUCACAUGGCACUAUCUGUCUCGUGCUUUUGUCUUCCAGCGUUUUACUGAAUAAAAUUUGGGACUUUUUUUUCAAUUUUUGAAUGUGGCCACCUCUGGGAGUGAACAGGUUAAAUUUAAUUAAGUCAGCGCAUUACAUAUAAUGGAGAAAUUUCAUGAGGGGGUACAAGUGUCUCAUUUGGCACAUUUACAAACUAAGCAUAAAUCCUAAUCACGAGACCAUUCAACUCUUUCAUAGAGUAACAUAGAUCACUACUUAGCUAACCUGCACGCUAGUUUUCCUUCAUUCUAUUCAGGAUUUUCAUUAAGUUAAGUUACUUGAAAAAAAAAAAUAGAAAUUUCGAUCACUAUUGAUGUUUUUCAUGCCAUGUUAUUAUAGCUUUCAAAGUUGUGUUAAACUGAACAGCGCGUUCAUAUGCUUUGGACAUAGCUUCAUUUGCCAGUUGGUCAUUUCGAAGAAUGUCUUCUUCUUCUCUUGUUGGCUUAAACCUCUUUCUACUUGGUGCAUAUGACGCACUUUCCCGGGUAGUAUUGCUGGUUCCUGUGAGAGAAAUUCAUAUAAAGCAGUUUGUAACACAUCUGAAAAAGUGCAAUUUGAAGAAUAGAAUUAUUUUCUAAUUGAAUAGCAGAGGAAAAAGAGUUUCCACAGAUCUCUAAAUGAGAGAUAAAUACUGUAAGGGUUGCACAAUAAAUGUAGCUGAACCACCGAAGAUUUUUUUUUCAUGUCUCUGGGAAAUGGAAAUAGCUAAAAAAUUUGAAAAAAAAAACAGAUAACAUAUGGAUGCACAGCUUUGUACUUACCCUGCAAUGGUACAGAAGAUGUGUCGCUUUGGGCUGUGAUGGUUGUCACAGUAGCCACAGGGAAGGGAGGCAGGAUGGUUACAUUACUUGCAGAAACUGUAAAAAAUAUGUAUAAUAUUGUGUAAAUAAUACAAUCAUGAAACAUCAAUACAAAAAUAAUUUCAACAACAGUAUUACAAGCAAAGGGGUAAGCAUUUAGGGCAGGAAUGUUCACUUAUGAUGAAGAAGUGGCUUUGUGAAGCUGUGUUGCAACCACUUUAAACAAUAUUCACAGCUGUAAUGUAAAUGUAUUCCUUGUACAUUGUUUAAUAAAAAAACACAAUAAUCAGUCAAGAAGUUUGCAAAAUGCUCAGUUGAAGGGAUGUAUGGAAUGUGGUCAUAAGUUACCAACUAAAUAAUUUGUUGUCAACUUCUCCCUUCAACACAACAUCGAUAACAAUAAUAUUAUCUACUGGUAGUUGAUUUAAAACAAAGCCAUUGUUAGCCAAUGGUAAUUUCAAAUUCAAAACAUACAUUUUAUUUUAAAAAAAGAAAAUUACACGGAUAAUCUAACAGUCUGGAAAAAGCCACUUUGGGAUUUUAUAGAGCUGUGCCAGAAAAGAAAACUAUGUAAAAAAGCGUCAAUGCCUUUAUCACAAAACUACUGUUGGCCACUGUUUUCUCUGUUCUCUUGUGUAUGACAAGAAAUCAGACAGCGAUUCAAUUCAGUAACAACCAGGACCAUUAUUAUUCCAUGUACUUUGACUAUACAAGCUUCUAUAGCAAGGUUAUUUUAAGAAAUCAGUUAAAUAGACAGUUUCACACACCUUGUGGGGUUGUUGAAGGAUACCCUAGUGGGUUGGGGUUCCUGGCAGUUGUAGCUCCUGCAGAGGGUCCUGGUUGCUGUCCCUGUGCUGAUUCAUCCAAGGUAUCUGGAUGCAGUAUAUGUUGCGACGCUUGGAUUUUUUCGACAAGUUUUUCUGACAGCUUUGCCUUAGUGUCAGACUGCCUAAAGGAAACACCAUACACCUUGCAUAUCAUUUGCACCUCACCCUUUGUGUACACUGUGCUUUGGAAAAUUGUUCCUUGUUGCACCAGCAUUGCUUGCAGACGUUGAUGGGAACUCUGCUUGUUGGCUGAAGAGUCUUCCUUGAUGGAUGCUACUGUCACCUUACUUGAAACUAAAUCUUUCUUCUUCUUUUUUUCAGCCACCUUCUUGCGGUGUGCUUCAGUCUUGUGAAGUUGAAAGUCUCUACGAAAGUCACGCAUGAACUCUCCAACUCCCAUCUUCACAUAACGAGUAACAACGUCCUUAAAUAGUUUAACCACCAGGCUAUCUACAUCAGCUGCAGGAACUAAACAGUCAGUGGCAGAAAACAUUACUUUCCACUUUUCCAAAAGCUGGCUAUUUGCAAACAUAUUUGCCAGCCCAUUUUCAACUAGGUUUUCUUGAUGCACGGCCAUCAUCUUGCUGUUAAAGAGAUUAACUCUCUGUUGCUCUAAGUCAAGGACCCACUCAAAGAGAUUGUCUGAAAUAUGCACGAGUGUCCCUUUCUCGUACUUCCUUGACAAAGUGACAUUUAAUGUCUCUUUAUACUUUGAAUUCUGCUGAGCAGUACUGCUUGACCAUGUGAGCUGUGUCAACAGUUGAGCCUUUAAAUACUCAGCUCUGGCUUUGACUCGAACAUCAGCAUCGGAAGAAUGAAUGUGAGCCUUGAAGUAUUCUCGACAUGCAUGCUUCACUUUUGCAAUAGCCCAUGCUCCACAAUACCUGACUUUUCCUUUCCCUUCAUCGGUCAUUUCUUUGACAUUUCUCCCAGGGUUUUCCGUUGAAGAUGAUGGCAGCCGCUCUUCAACAAUAACUUUUAGAAUAUAUGAAUUCAAGGCAAGCAUUACCUCAGUAAGUGCAUGGAAGUGUUCCUCAGCGAGAAGUGUCACAGGGAUGUCCAUGAGUUCUGCAAACUCCUUUUCCAAAUCCUUGGAGAUAAGAAGACUAUGCAAAUCUGCAAAGUGGCAGGUGAAUUCUUUUCUCUGAACAGUUUUGUUGAUGUUGUCAGAAACUUGCUUUCUAAUCAGAGAAAAAAUCCUACUCCACUGUAUACCAAAGAACAUUUGGGUCUUUGGUAGAAUAUCUGGGCGUGAUAGAAACAAAAAUAUUUGAUUUAAACUCAUCUUUAGUCCUUCACUUACUUCUGGCACCUUCUCAGUCUUUGUGAGUGACGAAACAAAUUGCACAGGGCUAAAGUCAUUUGGUAUUUCAUGCAGGUCAUCUCUUGAAUGCAUUACUUCCAAUACCUCAGCCAAAUUCAGUGUGUCAGGCACAGUAACCUCUGUGGAUGAUGCUAGGUAUGAAGCGACAGCUGCAUCAAUUUGAUCAAGCUCUUCCUCACAAAACUCCUCCUCAGCUGAUGAGUCUGUAGAAGGGGAACAACUUAGCACAUGAUCUUCUAAAGAUAUCUUUACACGGCAACACUUGCAACCCUCCUCCUCAGACGUAUUGUGGACUUGCUCCAAGAAUUUAACAACUUCUUUUGGUGCUGGAAUUAAGCGAUCUUCUUUAAAACCAAUCACACGUAACUGACUACUACUUCUAACCCUUGACAUUGCCACAUAUAGAUGACCAGGGGCAAAUUCUCUCCCACAGUAAACCUCAACAGCAUCUAAAGUUUGUCCUUGAGCUUUGUGAACAGUCAUGGCCCAUGCUAACUUCAAGGGUAGCUGUGUUCUUGUACCAAUGACUUUGGUGGGGUCCUUCCUGUCAUACACAGGCCAAGUAACACGGUCCACAAUUACGGUCUCUGACGCUGCAGUAACAACUGGGAGGCCAUUCAAAAAGGAGGCAACCUUUCCUUGAACUCCAUUCUUUAUGCCAUUACUGAUGUUGUAGAUGAACAUCACUUGUGCCCCCACCUUCAAGACCAGCCUUUCACUAGCAAUGCAUCCUUUAUUCAGCUGUUUCUUGUCUCCCUUAUCAAGUGCAUCAAAAACAACUUCAUCCCCAGUAAGUUCAUCAAGAAUGGUAAUGUUUGCAAAAUCUACAUCUUCAUUGUGAGGAAAAACCUUUGGCACGUACGGAAUGCCAAGCUCUGCUGGAACAAGAGGUCUACUAAGACUCUUAAUAAGAUGGACUGAUUGCUCACUGCAAGUUCCCUUUGACAUCUCCCGAAGCAGGUCAACAAACUCCUUGUCAUCUUUUGCACGGAAAUUCUCUUUAAGAAUCAGUUGGUGAGGGAAAGUAACGUUCCAUGAUGCACUUUCAAAAGCAUACUUGCCAUCAUCUAAAGGACUUGCUACUGGGGGCAGCUGCAGAAAGUCCCCAAAUGCCACAACCUGAAUGCCACCAAGAGCAUAAUCUGAAUUGCGUACAUUCUGAGCAAUGUACUGAAGAAUGUCAAAAGUUCUCUUACUUAACAUAGAUAUUUCAUCUAUGAAGAGAACAUCGGUUUCUCUCCAUCUGGUUACACAAUCUGAGUUGGUCAUGAUGUUCCGCAAUAACUCUUCUUUAGUACCACGGCACUGCCCUAUACCAGCAAAGGAGUGUAUCGUCUUGGCACAGCACUCCCCAUAAAGAGUACAUGCAAUACCAGUUGUACACGUACAAGCAAAAUGCACUUUUCUUUGAGAAAGAACCUGCAAUAAUUUCCUGGCGACAAAAGUCUUUCCACAACCAGCAAUUCCACCAAAAUAAACAUUGUGCCCAUUGUUGACAAGGUCCAGAAUUUGGUUUUGUUCGUGAGAUAGGUUGCCAGCAGAACUUAAAAAAAAAAAGAAUAUCCUGAUGUAAAUUUCAAUGCUUGUCAACAAGCCUCUUGAUGUCCUUCAGAAAACUAUUAGAGAAUAAGGAAAGACUUUCCCACAGCGCUACACAUUUAUAAUACAUGCAGCAAACUCAGACAAUGUCACACACAUAGUUACUAACUUGAACAGGGUCAAAACAUAUAUAAGUUAAAUAUGAGUAACAAUAAAUGUUCAAGAUUUAAUCCAUAAGUCUACUUGUAUUCUGCUCUAGUUCCACUACUGGGCACGCUUACAGUCGAUGAGGACAUCACUCUGCUACUUUGUCAUAAGCUUAAUAAAUGCAUAAAAAUGUAUAGGACUGUGCGGAAAUCUUAACGAAAAAGCCAUUACUUUUGCACCUCUAUUGAGUUGGAUACCUUAAUAAAGAUGUGUAUGGGUAUGCAACGCGAGGAAUUAUUAAGUGCACAUAAAGCACGCACCAUCGCAAUAUCACAGCUAGAAACUGACUUCAACACCUCAUGUUAGACUCAUGUUCAUGAAGGUUACAUAUAUAAACAAAGUGGUAGACUCCAAAAGAUCGAGGGUCCAAAUGCUUUCUCGUUUAUGACUACUAACAAAAUACGGAUAUUAAAGGAACAUAUCGAUCUAAACAAGCUAAGAUAAAGUUAGCCUAGUUAAAAAGCUUGAUGGAAAUAUUCAUACAAAAAAUUAUUCUCACCUCUCAGCCAUCGAACAGUCUCCAGUUGAAGUAAAAUUAUCCGUCACAGUUUCUCGUAGACUCCACACACACUUCAGGUCUACAGCAAGAUUCACCAGUAAACAGAACCGAAAGAAGAAUGAAAAAGCGACAAAACCACUGCAAAAAACCACUGCAAAAAACCACAUGUACUUCUCAAGAGUUCCGCGAAAAUCUAACACCUCUUGGGAUUUAAAAUUAUACUGCGCAUGCUCCAUGGCUCAUAUUCCACGCGGAACACAUUAUAACGUCAUUUCCGUCACCAGUUGCUGCGGUGCACACCACACUAAAGCGAUGUGUCGAGGCCUUAUAUUUCGUUCCAAAAAUUUGCAUGUUAGAGUUAAGAUUAGGCCAAAAGUAGUAGUGUCCAAUGAUAACAUAGCAUCAGCUACCAGAAUAUUUUAUUACGGGGUUUUCUAACGAAAAUUUAAAUGGAUUACGGGGACAUGAAAAAAUAGCCCCAAAUUGCUUUCUUCCCUUUACGUAUUCUAUUACUCUAACCCACGUUAAUGAAUCUUGAGAGCCCACGAGCGCUUCAUUCAGCGGUUGUUAUGUUUCAAAAUAAUGGCGGUCGGAAAGAAACGUUGAGCGAAAGGGAAGAUCGAAGGGAAUUGUUUAACGGUUAAACGGCUUCAGAAUGAUCACACACGGAGAAUUAACAGAUUACAGCCAUCAAAGAGGUAAGAGAUUCUUUAUUAUCUAAUUCAAACUGAACUCCUCUGCUCCCUGUGCCAGUAUGUUUACUCGUGAAAUCCGAGCGAAUUAAAACAGGCGGGGGCGUUGGUGGAUCAACGGAAAGUCUUAGUCUGAAAUGUCAUCCGUCUCCAUUCCCUAACCCGUGGGGAUUUCUCCUCCCCCCCUCCUCGCCCUCCACGGGUUGGGGGUGGAGGGACGAAUGACAUUUUACACAAGGGGAAGCAUCUGGCUGUUUGUCGUCAACGAAAAGUUUCUUGGAAAUCCGGUUGGCAAGUAAAUGGAACUUAACCUUUAGGGUCGUUCCGGUGGAAAAGUUUCGAAAACAAUGAAUGUCGGAGAAGGUAAUCCUGUUCUCCCAGCGGGAAUGUUCCAAACGGAAGUAGGCCAUUUCUGAGUUGCUCCAAACCUCCGUUUUCGAAGGGACGCUAUGUGCGAAGCCAUUGAUAGGAACAUGAUUUUUUAUUCUCAUACAAAUAGAACUCACAAGAAAGGUUUUACACUUAGCCUCGUUUUGAAAGUGAAAGUUUUUGGAACUCGGAAUUGGCCUAUUACUUCAAUCGCCGAAUUUAUACUAGAGACGAAUUAUCCAUCUGAGAGUCAGAGAGGGAUAAAUCGACGAAUUAUCCAUCAGAGACGGAUAAUUCGUCCAAGUAUAAAUUCGGUGCUAAGACGAAUUAUGGAGAAAAAUUCGUCUGAGGCUGAUUCGUCUGUUAGCCCGUCUCGACGACGUGCUAACAGACGGAAAAUUCAUCUUAGACGGAUGGUCUAGACGGAACGUAGACGUUUUUUGACGAAGUGUCUACAUGAGAGGGACUGGUACUACAUUUUUGCAAUGUUUCCAGUUUCCGUCGUGUAAUCCUUGUAAAAUAUCUAGACAUUAUUUGUUUAAAUUCGUCUUCGGAUUUAUACUUAGACGAAUUAUCCGUCUAGAGGAAUAGUUCGUCUCCAGUAUAAAUUCGGCCAAAGGUACAGUCUCAGGCCUUCGCGGCCACUUUUUCGGUACCUAGGGCUGAUUCAUCCAAAUGAUGAGAACAAGUGCCGAACGGAAUUUUAUCAGUGCUUGUUGAAAUUACUAUUUAGUUACCUCCUCUUUCAUUUUCAGCUAAAACAAUUGGAGACAGAACUUGCAAAGAUCGAGAAGGCCUUAACUUCAUUUAAAAUGGCAGAAUGAAGAGAUUAAUCAAUAAUUCAAUUAUCAGCGAAUGAAAUUAAAAGUUGAAGUUGGUCUUAAUGUGUACUUGCUUUAUACCCUCACCUCAACCUCAUCCCCUGGGUCUUCCCGUUUUACAAUACGGCGACGGCAGGAAUGGGCGCCGCCAUAUUGGAAAACGAAAACCCUGGGGACAAGGUUGCCACGAGUGGGAUGUCUGUGAACCUUCCAGGCCAAUUACAAAAUUAUGUAGUUUAUUGUGGUUCUUUUUUAGAACCAACGUUUCUAUAAGCAACAGGCAAGAUAGUUUUCGUUUAUUUAAUAUUCUUUCAGCUUAGCGCUGUCCAUGCAAAAGACGUGCUUGAGAAUGUAGAAUGGAAUUUUCAUGUCGAGUAUUUUAUUGAUCAAUAAAC